AUGAUGGUGACGAGGACUGUCGGAGUGAUUGUUUGCGUACUCUUCGUCUCCGGCGAUGCACUCACAAAUUUAAGAUUCGCAGCCGAGCUCAAAGAGUUAGUGAGAAGCGAAUGUUCACUGGACGCAGUUGGUUCUGUACGAGCACUUCUUCGGAUCUUCGAACUUUCAUUAUUAACUAAGUUGCCGUAAAUACGGAGUUCACAAAUAAAAACUGGUCAUUCCGCUGUCAUACUAACGUUAUUGUAAAAAUUUAAGACCCAACUUUAAAGCAUCGGGUUCGACACGCAAUUUUCUUCCUAGCUGUUUUAGUUAUUUAUGUUUAUGCCAAAUAUAUUUGGCAUAAAAAUAUAUUUUUAUUUUUCGACCAUUGGUAAUUUGUGCGGGAUGUUCUAGUCAAAUAAAGCUGUUUGAGAUGUGUUUUUUAGAAGAGGCUGGUUACUUAUUCGCGCACGUGAAGUUGUCUUCUCAUGCUGAUGCGACUCUUUUUGGCAGUUUAUAAACUGGCAAAUCGUUGGGAUAGAUAUAAUUUCACUUUUACACUUUCAAAAACUAGAGUGCUUUCUUGGAUAUUUGUGCUGCGGCAGAGCAACUUCGACUUUUAAUACUUAUAUUUCUUAUUUGUGCCACUAGCACAUAAAUUAUUUAGUAGCGAACGAUAAUGGUCUUAAAUCGUUUCAUUGACCAUUCUAAGACUAACAGUCAAUUGGAAGCCUUUUAUUAGAUUGUAUGUUUUAAUUGCAAGGUUAUUUAUGGACAGUUUAUUACUUAUUGUCAUAUUUGCAGAAUCUGUCGCCUCAGUAUUUCAAUUAUUCUGGUUCCACAAUGUGCGUACGAUUAAAAGGAAACAAAGUCGAUUUAGAUUUGAAGCUUUAUGCGGUCUUCGCGCUCAAUAUUUUUGACAUAUACGGCAAUCUAGUCUUCGAGUAUAAACUAUAAAACAGUUUCGUUACUUUUCCUUUCUUAAAAUCACACAUUGACCUGCUAGUCCUCAACCGCUUGCCCAAAUCUACUCAUUCAGUUGUCGGGAGCUGUCAAAAAUUUUAUAAAUGUAUUUUUCAGAAAAAAGGAUGGUUUAUUUCCGUAACUGCAAGAUGCUUAAUAUAAACAUCUGUCGGAGGUAAAUCAUUUCAUAUAUCAAAAAUAAAUUUCUUCAAUUAUUGCAGACGUUUUAGCAAUCACUUUCUUUCCUAUAAUACCUGCUAUAUAUUAUGGCAGUCCACCUGAGUAUCACUUUUGUUUGACCUUAUCUGUUUAGGCCUACCAAAGACUUAUCAAUGAGGGGACGAUAACGUUAGAACUCCUGAAACCUUUACAUAAUGUUAAGGAGUACGCCUCUAAACUUUCCGAAUUAUUCUCGAAGAAAGCCGCGGCUCUUGAGGUAAGUUAACGUAUGCAAAACUCCAUCCACCUCGUAAUAACGAAAGCAUGCUGCUUCAUUUUUAAACCAUCCGCUAUUCCCAUCACCUGGCAUACUAAAAGUCUUGUGAAGAGUGGUUUUGGUAGCAUGGGAUGGGGUCAAAACAACAAGACGGGAAACGGCUUAGGAAAUGGCGAUCCUGAGGCAGUCAAUCGUUUUUUGGCAACGUUCAUUCGGAUAUUAUUUUUAAAAAUGCAAACUGUUGAGAACACUGCGUUUUACUUUAUUUGUUCUCGUUACUCGGGUCAUAUGCCAGUUGCAUUGGUUAUAACAUAGGCUUCGAAAUAUUACGUGUUCAACGAAGUCACAAGCGAACCUUCUGGAUGGGGAGACUAUGAACUUCCACUAUGUCACCAACAGUGGUGUCCGAGUUCGGGAAAAUUCCUCAAACGUCAGUAGUAGAUACAAAUCUUUUAAGAGAACUGGUGUUCUCAUAAUCUAGCAGUUGUCCAAGACCGAGUUAUGCAGCCAUUCAGAAGAAUCGGUUGGACUUCGGCACUUCUGCCCUUCGUUAAAUUUCCAUGCAAGAUGGUGUCCUCCUCUAGGAACGAUCGGGCACACCGGAUUUUGCAUAUUAUUGACACCGCUAUCUUGGAGGCAAAUAAGUCGAGGAACGGAGUGUCGCUGACCAUCAGGACCUGCUACUAUCCAAGAUGAAGGAAAUCAUGUCAUUUCCUGAAAGAUAGUUCAGACAUACUUCGGUUUGCAGAGUUUCCAAUUUCAAUAGCCAAUUGCAUCUUUCAGCCAGGUAUGUAUUGUCUUACCCGAAAAGAUUUCAAAAUAAGGGUGAAGUCUCCGGCUUAGCUUAGGUCAGGUGGAAGGAGGUUUCAUCCUUCCUGAGCGUCUGCGUGGUCAUUUAGUACUGUAGACUUGACUGCAUCUGUCUCAUGGGUAAAGAUAAUGGUUCAAAGACGAGAGAUUUGUAGGACAUAGCAGUCGACGGUUAACAUCCGCUUGUCGCCUCGUGUAUCACCCCUUGAUUUGGUGACUAAUCAAUAGAUCCAUCCGCCUUGUCGUCUCGUGUAUCAUCCCUUGAUUUGGUGACUAGUCAAUAGUUCCUAAUACAAUUCAAAGGUUUUUAGAAUACCAUAGGCUUUUCGGUGCUCCUAGAUGGCAUACCUCUCGAUCGGGACGAACGUUGCAACAAAACCAAGAUAACAGAUAGCCUCUUUCAUAAAAAAACUGGAUUUUAUCUUUCAAGUUUAGUCAUAGCCUCCCUUACACGAAAACUGUUUUAAUUUAUAUAUGGUGCUGAGAUUGGAAAUAGUCCUGCGCCGACAAAAAUUAAGUUGAUGUCUCUGUUAGUAGCAUUCUAACAAGUCUCUUUCGUUGGCAUAAAUUUUACUGAAAGAUCCUCUUACGUUACUCUGGGACACCGGGUAAUACCUACCACUAAUCAUUUUCCCAGGCUUUCCAGAAAAUAAAUCAAGACAGAUGCAUAUUGAGUCUUCGUCUUCUUGCGUAGCACUUUGUUUCAGCAACGUUUUGUAAAUACUGACAUUGCGGUAACAUAGGGCGAUACGAAGUGACUGCAGCAGAGGAUUCAUCGAACGCAUUCAGACGUGCGGACGUUUUGCCAGUACUACAAUCACUUAUUUAGUGAAGUAGACAGAAGACAUUUUUGCUCUGAUUGUCUGGUAAACUGUCAAACUGUUUAGUUGACAUCAGGAAAGCUGACAGUGUUUUUUGCCGAAGAUGGCGUCUAAUUAGCAGUUGAAGGCCAACUUUUAGAAAGACUGAUUCCGAUUGAUCCUUAUUAACUUCUUACUUUUGGGGGAAAUGCCACUAAUUUUGGAUUUCAGAUGAUUCCAGGAUUCCACACCUUCUAAAAUACUUGCAUUGUCCUACCUAAUAUUCAGUGUUUGGUUUCACUUCAUUUAAUAUUUAUAAGUCGAAAAUCAAGCACGUUCAGUUUCGUCAAGAUUAUGUUUCUCAUCAGCAAGGGACCGCUGGGCCUGUUUCCCGAAGAGAUAAUGUUCUUAACACUCAGGUAUUUAGCUAGCGUGCUUUGAGGCAUAAUCACUCUCUCAUGAGCACAUGGACUGAAAUACGAUAGCCGCCUGUCUGGGCUUCUCGCACUGCUCGAUGCUCGGGGAACCCGUUUCCCUGUACCUGUCCAGAACAAUGUGGUCAACCCGUUUGACUUACGAACUACUUCCAUUUGUUUAAGAAUUUCGAUUACCCUGCCAGAUAUCCCUAUGACUGGCAGAAGUUAGGACAAUUCGGAUCUCACGAACACUGUAAUGUGAGUUGCAGUUUUUAUAUAAUUAAUUCUCAUUGAUAUGUGAGGAGGUAGGAUCUAGGCUGGCAGAACCCCUAACCCCUAAGGCUGUGAUGGCUGACGGCGUCGUGUUUAGCGACGGACAAUAUUUGUAAUAUCACAGUACGGCUUUGGUCAGGGAUAUUUUGUAGGACACCGACUUGUUACACUAGUGACUCGAGAGACCUGACUUCGUCAAUAUUGCAUGCUUUUCGAAGGGCCAUCCGUCAGGUUCGUCAGUCAGCUCAUUUCGUAGAUAGCCCUAGUUGUCCUGCUCUGUACCGUUGCUAGUUUAGCAGGGAGUUUACUGGUGAACUGACCGACAAACUCAUCCUCCCAGUUCUCAAACUAAAUUACACUCUCAGAAGAACAUUUUGCCUAUAUCAUGCGUCGUUGUGAGGCUGUUGGUCGGGCUCUAGAGAGAGCCCGUAAGGUACAGCUGGACGAGUGAGUUCCGUAAAAACGAUCGACGAGCGACCCUCUACCAUUGUACAUUUCCGAUCGAAACCUACGGAACAACGAGCCCGUGGCUCAGUGGUUAGAAGCGUUGGACUUCUAACUAACAGGUCGCGGGACCGAGAUCCAGGUGUUCCACACUUAGCGGGUUGGGUAUGACUGACCGACGACGGCUAAUAAGCCAGAAAUGACAAUUUCAGUCUCCCUUGUCUUUGACGGUGAUAUUACUCUGCCUUUAUCAUACGUCGCUGUUCGGCUGCUGGUUGAACUCGAGAGAGAGCCCGUAAGGCACAACAGGCCGAGUGAAUUCCGUAAGGACGAUCGGUGAGCGCCCCUCUACCGCUUUCAGGAAAGCUUGAUAUUGGUUGCUGUAAAUUUUCCUUAAUGUAUUCCUUAGGUUAAAAGUUGCAGUUUUUCGGCCAUCGUGAAGAAUAAUUCGUUAUAAUGUCAUAUCUCCCUGGUUAAGCGUAAUUCCUUCUGCUUCGUCUCCCGCUGUGACAUUUUUGCUGAUACCUUCUUCGAAACAUGGUAGGUAGAUAUAUUUUUCCCCUCACUUAAAAAAACGGUUGUUUUCUGUGAGACCUGGCUUUGACUUUUAAACGCAUCGAAUGACGGUUGGAUUUACUAUCUUGUAAGCUGACUUAAAACCACCACAAAAGCGCAGUGACCCAGCUGCUGGUCGAAAAACAUCGUUCACCAGAAUUGGGUUAGCAUGCAUGCUUAGAUUUUUCAUGUUGUUUUUGUAGGGUAUAUCGUUAUGCUGAAGUUUCAUAGGUUUUCAAUACUUCACAGUCCCCACUUCUGUCCAUGUAGUACAAACGAAGUCUUUUCAGUGUCGCAAAUGGUAUAUAAACGACGUUUUUUUCUUCUGCCGUGUCUGACGUGCAACAUGCACACGGCACCAAUCGAUGGAAGCCAAGCGGCUUAUUUUCCCAAUUGCCGCAUGCUGACUCUCUGAUUGGCCAGUUCGGGACAGUGACCUUGCGGUGGAUGUGCCUGCGCGCUUCGGCCUGCACAUUUUCAGCACUGAUGCCCUGCUUCCCAACGCACACGGGCGAAUGUAAAACUGUACCACUUUCGCGUGACAGGUUGCUUUGUCCGGUUGAGAAAGUUAAUUAUCGAUCUCUUAAGAUCUGCAUCCGAAAACGUUGCCUUAUAUUUCGACGGCCAAACUUAUUCAGAAAUAUGACUUGGGUCCUAGACUGGGUGGUUCCUUUCUCUCCUGAAAGCACUUAUUAUUGUACCCCUUUUCGCCACUUUUUCCUUUCGCUCAAAACAGUGACCAUCUGUAUUGGAUUUAUUGUUUUAAGAAGACCCUAGCGAAACCGGUUCAUCACUUGCAGCUUGAAACAUUAUCGAACUUUCUGCACGUGUCCUCGGAAAAUGUUUUUCUAGCACAAUUAUCUUCGUCACCAAUGGCCCAUUGGCUGCGGUGCCAUCCUUUACCAACGAAAAACUCUCACUACCAUUGCCAACCCUCUCAACAUACAUCACAACCUUACCCAUGUCACAAGAUGCAACCAUGGUAGGCACUGGUUGUAUUUCAAGAUCAGUCAACCGCCGUGAGUAAUGCGUAAAAAAUUACAUUUUGCCGUCGUGUUAUGGGAAGAGCUCCACUCUGUAUCUACCUUAUAAGUCAAGAUACGGACCAAGCUCUCAGUGGCAGACUAGUCUGAAGGAUGUGAGUUUAGUGGUGCAUCGAAUCCUACAUUAAGUAGGUCGAACUCUGAUACCUAAAGCCCAGUGGAAACUGUUAGUGAUUGGCAUCUGGUCUUUAUAUGUUCCUUGAUAAGAUCGCAACCCAAUUCCAACCGAAUUCGGAUAAAGAUACGGUAGUUGUUGGUGGCAAUUGCUGAAUACUGUUUAUGGCUCCUUGCGUAGAGUCCCACUAACGUCUUUUAGUUUUAGUGGUUAUUUCAGGAUUAACGCUGACGCCUUUCAGGACCCAUCGAAUAAAGUAUACAUGAGGGAUGGACGAAGCAAAUUAAGCGACUUUCUGGUUUAGUUAUCAAGGUAUUCUUAAGAAGCAAGUCUAACGACCCCGUCAAUAAUAGUAAAACGUGUUCCCGAGUUAGUUAUUUUGUUCGCUCCGUUAUUCACUCCGAUCAAGGCCGCACAAUUCUACUUACCUUUCAUGACGUUAUCCAGAUCUGUAUAAACACGUAAGUCUUUUACAUGUUCCAAUGGUAACUGUUUCGACUUGUCACGACAACAAGCAUAUCAAGAAAAAAAAAUCUACGUCGUUUGAAAACGAAAUUUAUAAUUUUUGCCUCCAGGUAUUGGGUUGAACUCGUUUUUACUGUUAUUCGACCGUGGCGGAAUAUCUUUUGAAAAACCCUUUAUGUCAGCUGGGUGUUCGUAAUGCUGUCUUUAAAUGCCAAAGUCAUCUUGAACGUCGAAAGCUAUUUACAGCCUUCAGUGCCUAAACGGAAGUCUCCAGUAUCAUUAAAAUACUUCACUCACCUUCUAGGAGGUUGUCCAGGAUGUCGAAGAGGAGGCCGCCAAGUAUCCUUGGAACCCCCUAGUGAGUAUGCUUUUUCUCGUAUAGUCUAACCAUAUUGUGUAGACUUCUGUGUGUCAUUUUCCCUUCUAACUCGAAAGACAUGUUGACUCAUAAGUAUAUUGACUAAUUUACUAACGUGCAGUGUCUUUGCACGCAUUGCAGUGCGAGUCCAACGCUUGUGCGGGGUAGUUUAACCCAUACGUCUAUAUCUCAUUUUCAUUCUUUUGGUACGAGCACUUUUUGGGGCUUGGUACGGACUGAGGUUUUCGUGACGCAUGUAUUCUUCUACACAAAUCCGCACUUGUCCAUUCUACCUGACCUCCGGAGUCAACAUUUGGUGAACGGCCUUUAUGGCCUGGCAGGGAAUUCAUUAUGAAAACUGAAGAGACGCAGCAGUCUUUGAUCUUCACUCUCAAGUGGAAUUCGCAGCGAAACCAUAUAUAUCACGGCAAUAAGCACAACCUGUGUUUAUGCAGACCUUGAAAACCAUUGAGCGGAUGUGCGUGAGUUCAGAAACCAUUGAACACGAACAUUUGUUCCCUUUUAUUUACUAUAUGUGCUAGGAACAUUCAUCUCCAGUGUCGAGACUUUAACGGUCACUGUUGACUUAUUUACCGUCUUCAGCUCGCCAUGUCUCGCUCAACGACAUGAGAUUGUAACUCAGACUUACUAAGUCCGUGAGCUCUUAAGUCAAACGGUCCACCACAUGAUUACCGGACUAACAUUCUGUAGAUCUCGACCAGAUGUAGCAGGCGUCCAAGAGGAGAAGAAUUCAGCGAUCGCUUCUGAUUAUGGGACUGAACGCAAACGAUUCGCUGACAUCGUGAAUCGAAAAGUACGACCUUUGACUCUACUGCUCGAUGAGCAAUUGGCCUGGGUAAGAUGGCAUAGCAUCCACGCCUGUGGCCGGAGCACGUUUGGCGGAUAACGACGCAAAAGUCAAGAAUGUACGUUCUAAUCUCCCUCGCCGCCUAGGUGGCAUUUCCCGAUUACCGACUUCCCCACAUUUAACGAUCGCCUGCGAGGGUUUUAAACUGAAGCUUGAAGUCAAAGUAGUAUCAGUCGUUUGUUUUUUUCAAACUUAUGCACAUCGACCUGCAGUGCCAGUUCACCCAGACGGAAGGGGAUUUCAGUUCUUAUUUCAUUCAGUGUCAAAGACAUUUUUGUUCACCACGAAAGUCCUGUACUGCAAUUUUCAGCUCAAAAAUAUCUCCUUCACCUCACUCACGGACUUCGACCCGAACUUGGAGAGGCAUCACUACUUCGAUAUACCCGUGAACCAAAGUCAGUCGGGUGUCUACCUGCCCGCCGAAGUUUACAUCAAUGGUAAGCGUUUCUAGGUUCUCCCAGAGCUAAGUUUCAAGCCCAGUUUAAGGCAGACGCCAACUUAUUUCGAGACCAGACAUUUGCCCAUCUCUAAUAAGCUUCUAAGAUUGACUCAACUGGUUAGCCGAAGGUAUUUCGUGUCCUAAACGUAAACCACAUAUAUGUGAAUAGUAUGAAUCAUGCAAAGAAUUUUGCAGGGCCGCGCACUUGAAAUACCCAUCGUUACACAGCCUUCAGUGUCAUAUGAAGUCGUUUGAUGUUUGGAUAACCAAGAUUGUCUCCAUACUUCGAAAUCGUCAUAAAUGUAAACGUGAAGGAAGGCUUUUAGAUCUUACAGAUGUCAGUUUCCCGAAGCUCGAAAAUAGCUUUCGCAAUGCUUCAUUCCCUGGGCCUUUGGAUUAUCGGACUCAACUUUCUAGUCUUGUUAAGGGACAGAAUAACAGCGCUUCACUUUAACUUGUUGCUCCAGUCUAGAACCCUCUGCCUCUGUCGGCAAUUCUGCCGAAUUAUCCCUACUGGUUACACUAUGACACUAGUAGGAACUCAAAAACUGAUGACCCGAACCACUCGCAGCUGAACCACGCACCGACAGGAUAUCGGCAAAACACGUGUUUUGGCUUUUACAUAGAACCUGUGUUGUCAAGUAUGAUAUAUCUUGCCAUCUCAGUAUGUACUACUGGCUGCCUGUUGACAGUUUAACGAAUAUUACGCGGUUAUUCCGCAGCGGCUGAUGGACUUCGGCCCGAACAUUCAUAUCGAAACUCAAUCUGAUCCUAUAAGUCUAAAAUGGACUGAUUUAAUCCAUAUUAGCGAUUAAUUUCUCAGGAAAUUAAAAAGCUGCAAGCUCUAAACUGGGUCAAAACGUAAGACAGAUGGCGGAUACAUUGUCUUACAAUUGCAGAAGAUUGGCGAAAGAUUUUCCCACUUGAAAAUGAAUGUCAGACUGCUGCUGAAACAGCAUGAGCCCGUAGUUCAGUUUGCGGAACUCUAGGCCCAAUCAGCAACUGAAACCGAAUUCAGACGUCAUGUCUUUCCUGUCCAGACUUCGAAUUUGACUUGGCAGACGACCAUCAGAAAUAGUCAUUCCAGCUCCUGUUGCUCCUGUUGGUAGUCCGUCUUUUUCACUAGACUGUUGCCGUGUCAUUUGUACAGACUGCUGGUAGUAGCGUUCGCCGUCUAUCACCGAAGACUGCGCGCUCAGCACAUGAGCAAGGGGGGACAUGCAACGGAGCAUGGGCCUCCUCGCCGCCGCAUGCGCCAACUUCGGCCUGACUAUCAACACGGACAAAACAGUGGUCAUGUACCAAUCGUCACCCAACACGCAGCACUACACUCCUCCUCGAAUCACUGUCGACGGCCACCAACUCAAAACUGUGAACAAUUUUGCUUAUCUUGGAGGCACACUUUCCAAGAGGUCGCCCACCGAAUCUCCAAGUAGCUCGCCUCCUCAGUGCCAACCGUCAACCGCUCCCGACACUCCCGCGCUGCCAACGCGCAUUCCGUGCGCGAAUCCAUCUCGUGGGACACCUUUGGACCCAAUGUACCAACAACCCGACAACGUAUGCCUCUCCUCCUAUUCUCGUCCCUGCCGCAACCCCCGCGCCGACCGUCAUCCCCGUCACCACCAAUCACUGUCGCUGUCCCGCCGCCACCAUCUACGCAGCCCCAACCGCAGAGGCCAGCAUCACCAUCACCACGUCUUCACGCACUUUCCCUACCGAUGAGAUGAGGUAUGAUGUCCCGUCACCUUCUACCAUCACCACCAACGCUUUCACAUCUAACGAGUGGACUCGGUUAAUCGCUGUCCCCUUUGCGAUCGAACAUUCUUCUCACACAUCGGCCCGGUCGGUCACUUGCGAAUCCACUGCACGAAGACUGGCGAACCAGUGCCUAGAGUACAAAUUUGCACUUGCCGCAUCCGCCUCAACUGCCCUCACUGCCCUCGUAUAUUCACCCACCGCGUGGGCCUAUUAGGUCCCAUGCGCAUUCAUGAGAACCUGCGGUAGACGACCGUCGGCUACAUCAAACAUCCCCCACCAGCACGCGCAUCACACAACAACAUUACCACUGCAAACACUCAAUUGCCAUAUCCCACGCAAGUGGGAAGUGUACUUAUCGGCUCCGUCUCCAUGCGGCUCCUCUGCUGCUUUUGACAAUUCGAGCCUGAGACUAUCACGGUGCGCCAGCGCCGUGGCUUGUAAGGCUGCCAACUCAGUCCACACAGUCUGCCCAGCUGUGUGUGUUUGUGUGGAGUGGAGGACUGGUGGGCUGCGAGUCAGGCUGUCACGGCUCCUUAAAGCGAUCUGUGAUCCUCGCGCAUGUGAGGAGUGUGUGUGUGCGUGUGUGCUUUUGGGGUAGUGCCUUUCAGUCGCUGACCUACUGGCUAUCCAGCCUUUGAAGGGCGAUGGCCCAAGCAAAUGCAGGGUUGUGUGUCACCCCCCUGGACCCCAAGGUUUGUGUGCGCUGGCAGUUCUCCGGCACCUGGUUCUCUGGCGGUAGAUGCGCUUCUGCUCCCGCUGGGUACGCAGGUCGUGUGUAUUGCCGCCCAGUCAUCCACGUCCUUACUGUUGGUUAAAAUCCUGGUCAGUUUUGUGUGUGGACCAGGGGGCGUGGAGGGGAGCGCCAAGGUGCGGGUUCGGUCAUGCCAUCCACCUGCGCCCUUCCCGCCUCUGGUCUUCUUGACAUCGGAUCCAGGUGGUGAGUUGGAGAGAGUGCGGCAGACGCUGCGCAAAUCACCGCGCCUGGUUCAUCUUGCUGUGGAGCACACGGUGGACAUCGUCGGAUGCGACGGUCGAACCAUCUAAUAAGUUAAUUUUCGUUAGCGCUCAAAUCCCAAUUCUGCUCGAAUUGUUUACCCAAGAAAGAGUUUCUGACGUCCGGUUUGGUAUUUUGGUUAACUAUAUAAGCUGUAGUUGGUGUCAAGAGCGAUAAGCUUAUUAUCUGAUAAGGGACCUUUGCUGACUUUUAUUUUCCAGUGGAUUUCACACUCCGCUAAUUUCAAUCUAAAACAGGUUACCGUUUCGUUCUUUUUUACGUGAAGACUCUUUAAUCGCCCAUCAAGUUGACUGGACAUCUAAUACUGACUAUAUCUUCAAGAGGCAAAACGACACCCUCAAUUUCAUCUACUUCGCCAGUGUCUACGGCUUUCUACGAAUAUACCCACGUAGGCCCUCCAUUGAUUUCUUAUUAAGAGCCUUUGUUUCUUAUCCUAAUGACUUUUCCUACCAAAAUAUCUCUCAAUUUUCGUCCUCCAUAGGUUUUCAAUGGCCUUUGGAUGAUAAAAUACGCGCUUUGGAUGCUCGUCGCAGAAGCUGGUAAAUACCUUUUGCGCAGACCUGACCACCUGCAGCCAGGUGUUUUGCAUCAACUAGACUUGACUAUUAGAAUAAAACCUUUCGGUCACAUUUGCAAACCAUGCUACGUACAAUGUCUCUUACUUGGCAGAGUGUAAAUUAAGAGCUUGCAGAAGAGCUCAAUUCAGUUACUCACGUCUUCAUGAGUGUCCACUGACUGUAAUAAUGUGCCAGACUGUAAUAAUGCAGAUUUCGCCUCGUAAAGGCAUUCUAGCUUAAAGGUAUGCGAUAUUGCAGCACUCGCAAACGCGAUGGAAAUCAGAUACAAGUGCGCGUUCGCAUUUGCGUAGACGGAAAGGCAAAUUUACUUCCUUCUAAUUGGCGUGAAUGUUAUAUUUUUCAAUCACAAGCAAGCUUAAUAGCCUAUUACCGUUCUAUCUGGCCUUUUUUGUCAUUCGAAUUAUGUUUUUAGGAAAAUACGUGUAUAGAAGACCAAUUGGCGAGCAUACGUUUGGUUUCGGUAAAUUCUUGUCAGGCCAGUGCAUUUAAAUUGGAAUGGGGUAGAAGUAAAACGUGUCAGUGAUUAGACUGAUCGACUAAAGUUCGACUUAGAACACAAGCGUCGUGUGGGAGAGUGGAGGGGGGGGGUGAGGGGGGCGGACAACAACAGUCAAUUCCAGGGGCGGGGCGGGAGCGGAAGGACGCAGAGAGUUGCAUGUCAGUCUUUUGAACAAGAUUCUUCUGCACGCACAGGAUCGGCUUUCGUGACCUGAUGACGGCCGCUUCUGUCGUUGCUAACAGACGCUGGACUAGUGGCUUAGGCCACCUCGAUUGGACCUAAAUCACGUGAAAAGCCUGACUGGGGUCCUGACGAUGCCCGGAAUCAACAACAUGCGCAAGAAUGGCGCUACUUCUAAUUUCGCCUUUUCCCGGCCUUGCCGGGAGGUGUUCUCGCAUUCUCUUGGAUAGGCGCCUACUCGUGCGACCAAUGUAACUUAUUCCAUGGGAAGGAGUGAAGAGAAGAUGAAUAUUGAGGUGGUCUGAGAUGGCAACCUACCCUUACCUUCUCCGCUUAAAGUGGGGUUAGUAAAGAAUAGUAUACGAACCCUUGCUGCUGGGAACGUUCGUGGGACAGCUUGGCCAAGUCAUCUUCUUAGGAGUUCACUCGCAGCGUCUCCUUGAAAAGGGACUUUGAGGAACAAAGCUUUUAAUAGUCGUUUUGGCAGAUUUAAAGUAAUUCAUCUUGACCUGAGUGUAAAAUCUGGCGCCGAGUUUUGCUCAGUUGGGUCAAAAUGAGCAAAAUAUUCUUCGUGGGAGUCGUUGUAGUGGGCUUUUCCGGUCGCUCAAAAAUAUUCUUUUCAAUAAACCUGUCAGGAUACCCUUUUUCGCGUAGUAAGUCCUGGAUCUUUUUAAGCUCCUUCUCGAUGUUAGCUUACCUUUGCCUUUUUCUUCCGGUAUUUGUAUUUCUUGUGAAUGAUGAGAAAAAGUUUCCUUUUUCUUUAUAUUUAUCGCUUAUUCUAUGUCCUCCUUUCUAGGUAUACUCAGUACACUUCAGUGCCAAAGGACGUCCUCUUCUUAGUAGACACGUAAGUCCUGUCGCCUACUCCUACAAGAGCAGGGGCUUAAAAUUGAAAUCUCCAUAGCUGCCUCUAAUCACGACUUCUCUUCUUUUUGUCUGUGGUAUUGGAACGAGGGAACCUCACGACUGUUCAAAAAAUCAAAUUGUCACUUUCUUCGUGACGCUAGGUCUCACACGACCUGGCCAGCGAAAUAACACUUCCGUUCCUCCUCCAAUAUUUUCUUGUCACUUUUUGGUCAUUUUCACCAGCAACAGCCAUUAGAAAGAAACAUCACUUCCGGGACACUUUAUGCGGUCAAUACGAUAUUGUAGGUUUCGUUGCAAGUAAUUCAUGCCGAGUCCACCUCCAUGCUUCAGGUACCCUCCAAGUUGCCUGCUUUUCACAAACUACUUAAAUAGUAAAUAUGUUUGAAUUUAAAUCUUCUUUACGAGUUAGAUAGCACUUUUUGAAGGCCUCCGAGCCUUUCUGUAUCCCGGCUGUCUGUUAUAAGAUUCCCCAAUGAACAUUUUAAACAUAACGGUGCUGCACGGCAGUCCGUUUUUGCGGUCAUUUCCACGGUCCAGGUGACGAGCCACAAUGACAGUUUCUUCCACUGGGAUUGGUGAUCAUUCUUCAUAUGACUAAUAACAAGUAAUGGCUCGAAUCUAUCCAUUCCAUAUGAAAAUGUGUUUUGGAAGCUUUCUGUCCUAUACAUAAGUCCAGAGAGUCAUGUUUACUCUUUAACCUUCUUUCGCUACAUACUUAAUGUUGAAGUGCUGAUUACCAGGAAAAAUUCAAUAUAUUCUUGGCAUAAGACCUUCAUCCCUUUUCAAUUUUUCAGGAGUGGAAGUAUGCACGGUCAAGCCCUGCACUUGGUGAAUACCUCUCUCAGAUUGCUGAUCCAAAAUCUGAACAGAAAUGACUUCUUUGCUGUGGCCAAGGUAGCUUUCCCCUUAUCAGCCUUUGGUACUACUAACAGACAUUUUUGACGCAAAUUAGGCUCCUAGUUUCGUGACGCUAUCAAAUUAAUUUGCUUUUAAUUCUUAGUGGAGCAGGUAUUGGGAUAGAUGUUCUUGUCGAUGGGUUUUCCGAUCUCCUUUGACGAAACAGUCUUCCCAUCAAACGUUUCUGGCGUUUUUAUGUGCAAUUCUUCUUUUGUGUCAAUUUUUGUCAACGGUUUGCUUUCUCUCCUUUUUUUAGUUUCCCGCAGACAGAAACCAUCCUGCACCCACUCUACUCUAUGGCUGCUCUCAAAACGAGUCUUGCUACAACCUCCUCGUGCAGGCUACAAGUCAAAAUAAGCAGGUUUUGAAAAAAUCUGUAGUCAUUAUGACCGUGGACUGCCAAAAAUUAUUAAGUUUUUUCAUGUUUUGCCUCGAUUAAUCUUCUAUAAUCUUCCGCUUUCAGCACGCGAUCCAAAAUGUUUUUCGCCUCGUGGCUGAAAAUGGCGCCAACUACGACGAGGCUAUAUUCUUUGGCCUGAAACUAAUGAGCAGCGUAAGUGCCGUGCUAGCGUAGAAGGUGUUAUCCUAUUCUCUUCCUGUAAUCCCUCUUUUCAAAGUCAGCAGUUGCUGUAAUUUAUGCUUUCCUUUAUCUUUGAAUCUUCCCCCAGCAAAGUAACGUUUCUCACCGAUCGUUUUUCCAUUAUGAUGCUUCAGUAUGACCCUGACAAGGCUUCCUGCCGCAAAGUUACUACUACGACUUACGUUUUGCCUUUAGUUUUCGAGCGGAAGAUCACCUGCAGCCCACUGCAACCGAAUUCUCGUCCUAAUCAGCGAUGGAGACAUAUAUUACAAUGAAACAACUGUUCAGGCCCUCCGAAAAUACCGCCAUUAUGUAUGAAAGUCGAGAACACUUUGUUGUUUUUCGUCUGCACUCGAAACGCUGUAUUAACUCCUAACCCAGUGUUGUGCUCUCAUACAAGGUUCGGUUGUUUACCUACUCUCUGUCGACUCUGACCGCCCCUGGACCGCUAGAUAAGCUUGCAAGGGAAAUCAAUGGUGAGAGUGUUACCUGUAAAAGGAUAUUUACUCUAGUUUCUUUGCGAAAUUCCUAAACAGCUGUAUAUUUUACGAACCAAACUCGAGCCUUAUUAUCCGGUGGCUUGAGGCUGAGUCAGGAAAUUUUUUCUACUUCAAUGGCAAUCUUUUCUUUGAUAAAACGUCCUGAAAACCCAAUCAUACUUAAGUGCACGACUUUGCUUUGCACAUUUUUUUGGUUGUUUUUUUUUUCACUGGCAACUAUUUACUAUCGUAUUGCAUCCUUACAACUGGCCUGACCGCAAUGUCGGAUUCUCAUUUGUACAACUCAUUAGAGACAGAUUAGUAUAAGAAAGGCACCUAACUUCAUGCUCAAUUACGAAAUUUUAAUGUAAAAAUUUGCGCUGGUCACCUGGAUGUGAGCAGGCUUUUUGGCAGUUUUAACAGACACACCAAAUAUGAGAAAUUAAAUAAACACACUUGCAGUGUGAGGGCCUACUAACAGUAACUUGAUGGUUCAUGUAACUGCUCAGGGUGUAGACGAAAACUUACUUCCAGUACUGGCCGCCGUUAUAAUAAAACCCUUUACUUUAGGUCUUCCAAUUAAGGUAAAACAUGGAAAUGGCUUUCUGGAAGAAGUAUAUUAACUUACUGCUCUCUUGGAAAUAUCGAUUUUUUACAGCCCCCUUGUGACGACCUUCAACUCUUGGGUUUAUUUUUAUAUAAUCAACUCGUCUAAUCGACUGGUUGGACUGACCAUUAGAUAUCUUCAUUCCUUUUGCCUACUUGUACGUGCCUAGGUACAUUCGCCCACAUACCCGUAAUCGGUGCAAUGUCAAAUAUCCUGUGGGUGAGUUAAGACUGCUAAAAUAUUCUUAAUAUGCUGUUGACAUCCAAAGUGCACUUUAAGUGCUCACCAUGCGCAUUUCUUGCCCUACCUAGCAUUUCACUGAAAAUGCGGAACUACGAAGGCCAAUCCGAAAUAGCAAGGCGCAGAAAAUGGAAUUAGUUGUUCAUCAGGCAGCUGACAUUUUCCCCACGACCAUCGCCGAAGUACUUAUGAGCCAUACAAUGCAUCUGCUGCACGCAUUGCAUUCCACUUCUGACUGACUGCACAAACCUAUGAUCCUUUUCUUGACUGGUUAUGCUAAUCAUAAGUUCACUCCGUUGCACUGUUCUUGAGAGCUCUCGUCUUCUCAGGAUAGGAGGCUGAGCGUUGUGCGGCAUCGAACUCCCAUACUCCCUUGUUCUGCCUGCCUGCAUCCUUUUCGUCAACAUCUCCAGAUAGCUUGAAUAGACGUAGUGUAUGUUUGCUUAUCUUUGCUAUUUAAAACGCAUGCACAGCUCAUUUAUCCAGUCGCUCUCGGGCGUCCCCCAAAGCUCCAAUAUAUUUUUCCAAUGCCAUUGAGAAUAUAUUAGCUGCUUACAGGGAACGGUUCAUCGCUUUAUAUUUCGCUUUAGGAAAUUGGACCAAUGGCGAGUCUGACAUUGGCUGUGUACAACAGAACGGUAGGUGAAAGCUGUAAACGGACAUUCUGACAGCUCUUUCCACUUUAUAUGGUAAUUUCCUGUGUUUUUGUCUCUGAUGGUUCAGAAUGGAGCUCAAUGUAACGAUUGUUAUGAAGAUAACUACCUGCACCUGGUUAUGGACUGAUUUGUGCAGCCAAAAGCCUGAACUGGUUGCGUGCUGGAUCAUAAAACCGUCUGGUGUUGCGAUCAAAGUUAAAUUUUAGCCAUAGAAAUGUGUUUGAAGACUUGAAAUGUUCUCAGUUCGUUAAAAUAUCUGUCGUAGUAGACCGUCUUCGCCAAGCAGAAACUGUUGUUGCAAGACGCCCACAUUUUCGAAAUCUCGCCUAAAGUUUGGAUUCCACGUUCAGGGAGGCGAAGUUUUUGAAAUCCGGAGUUACAGUGCCACCUCUCUUUCAGCAAAGCAGUGCCACGAGUGUCUUAGGAUCCCUUAAACCUAUCUAAUAUUGUCUGUUCUGCGGCGUCCGAUACAGAUUGUUCCUUCUGAGUGUGAAAUAUUUUCUCCUUCUCUCUUAAAGGGAUCGCUCAACUUGUUGGGCAUCAUGGGAACAGAUGUUUCGGGGAGAGAAAUGGUCGACCUUCUACAAACCUAUAUAGUGAGACAUAAUUUUUCUGCCCUACUCUGAAUUUCACUGCGUCACUUCUGUGGAUAUAGAUAAACUUUGUGAAUUUUCGAUUUUAGAAUAGUCCAACAGAUUAUGCCUUUAUCUUGGACAACAACGGCUAUGUGAUAUUUCACCCCUUGUUAAAAUCAUACGUAAGUUUCUUCGCAGGGAAAAUCCAACCUGCUAAUUUUUAUUUGUGGUUCUGUGGAAGACUAGUCCCACUUUCAGAAGAAAUUUUGGACAAAACAAUCUUCCUUGGGAAAUUUCAACAUUUUGGGCUUGUUUUCUUGAGUUGGUUAAAUAAUAAACUUAUCCUUGUGAUCAACAGGCAUAUAAGAGAAUUGAUGUACUUAAAAGGUGGUCUAUUUAUGAGAAUGUAAUGCUUACUAUAAACCUUUCAACUCAGAAGGAAAUGCUAGCAUUCAAGGCACGAUUCCCAACUCUGCUCUUGCACAUUCUGUGAGAAAGAAGGAAGUUCUGCUAGCUGACUUAAAAAUCAUUCUCAAUUUUACAUUGCUUCAUAUGAACAUUCUGCCCGUCCUAUAUAUUCCUCUAUUCAGUUUUACCGAAGUAUAUCAGUUUAUUUUAUUCCAGCGUCGAAUGUCUUCGUACUUUGUGGACGUUGAUCUGAUAGACAUCGAGGCCGCGAUGAAUCCUGAAAUGUUGCAGGUAACUUCAUUUCUUCUGGGCUUCGCAUCAGAGACGAUCCCAAGCCGUAUGCUAGCCUUGUACUUUGAUGGCCAUAGGUUUCAGUAAGCGCCAGCUGAUUCAAAGACUGGCCUCCUCCGUCUUCCGUUUAGCGCGCAAGACAAUUCUGUCGGUCUGAAGAAUCCCACCCAAAACUUCUAAUCAACAACCGACUGCAUUUUUGAGGAUUCCCCGCACGCAUAGUCAGUCCAUUCAAAGUCGUUAUAUAUAAGGAUAUAAAAAGACCAGCCACCAAUCCUUUGGUAGAUAUGAGUACAGAGAAUGUGAUGACCUCACGCUGAUGCCUGAUUUGGCAAGCACACACGCUAGUUUGUACUUUGCGACCAUUUCAAAAUAACUGGUUGUCUGGAGUGAUUAUCUCGUGAAAUGCCAACAACCUGGGCUCUACCUGCACAGAAUUGUCACUCCCCAUUUGCUUCGACUGACAACAACGAUCAUCCGUCACUUCAUGAACUUUUGGCAUCUGCUGUAGCAAUAGACCAGGAAUUACGUAUAAAAUAAAUGAGCCUAGCCGAUGUCCCGUCACAGAGCUGGUCAUAUUCUUUCUUGAGAGAAAAAGCAGAUUCAAUGAGAAGGGCCUGUCGAAGCAGUUAAAUUCAUAAAUGAGCCCUUACCACUAGAACAUUCAGACCCGGUCUCAAAUAAAAAGAGAUUUUGGACGCCACUAGAGGGAACAUUGCAUUAUGCACAGAAUGAAUGGAGCAAAGGUCGGAGCAAGUUGGCAACCGGAGGGCACACGUCCGGUGCCGCAAAAGCAGGCGUCCGAGUGCUACAGAGACAGACGUCAGGGCGCUUUGAGCAAAGGCAUAUCUGGUCGGGCUUGGAGUUGAUUGGUCAUUUUCAAUAGCUGUAAUUGGUCAAGAGCCAGCCUCCCAGUGAUACACGUGUUCGAUUAUGUGCGAGAGGCGCAGUGUUGUGGCAUGCGCACGGUGUUGAGUUAUUACAGGCGUACUAUUUAGGCGUUAUGCUAUACGCGCUCCCUGGCAGGACGCAACGUUUACUCCCAUUCGCGCUUAUUGCAACUACCCGAUGUGAAGUAGAAGAAGUGGGCGAGAAGAUUACAUAGGCUCCAAGCAAUUCAACUUCCAAUACAAAGUGUCCUCCUCCUCGGAGGUGGUCCUCGCCAAUCACAAUGGGCGACCGGAUAGUUCUUGUCUCUAUUGAUGGCGUAUUCAGGGCAGGUAUGCUCCCGCAUGCAAUCGCCAUUCGCGACACCAGCCACGGGGAUGCACGUUUAUGAUUGCUUCCAGUUUAUAUUAGCGCAGUUAUUUAGGUCCACACAUUCAUGCCCUCUGGGCUAGAUAUGUGACAGGUCUCGCUGAUGACAACAAAGAAGGCACAAAUCCAACUGCCUGCUUUGCCUUCGGAAGUGCGUCUUUCUUUGACCGUAACCCUUGUGUCCUCGUGUACAGCCUUCUAGAAGGCUCUUCUAUGCUGACUAGUCGAAUGGCACCUUAGAGUGAAAGUGUUUUUAAUUGCUUUCGUUAUAGUUUUGGUAGUCUGCAUUAAGCCUAUGAUACUUCGGUACCUACUUCUCUUUAUCAGACGCUGGGAUGUUUGGGGGUUCUCUCUGAUCGACUACUGAUUGCAUCAGAUAUGCGUGGGUUGGUUCGAUCUUAGAUCACUGUAUUUGCCAGCCAAUUCGCCACUUGAAUCCCUCAUUCUGUUGGUAUGCUGUGAUUUGUGCCAGAUUUUGUCAAGUAAACUGAAGAGUCUGGCCUCAGCCUCUGUUUGCGAAUGACCCGAGAUAACUCUGAUUUGAGCUUCAAAAUUCAAUCCCAGGGAAAUAAUGCAUAUACCACGUACGUUGGCUGUUCGACCGUCGUUGCCGACGAUGUCCACCGUGGGCCUCACAGCAGGAUGGACGCAGGGACACUGACUUGCGCCGGAAUGAAUUGAAAACGAUGAUAGACUUGCUUUGCACCUACCACUCUGUCCUCCCUCACGCACCUGGGCGCCCUGUCAAAACGGAGUUAAGAAGACACCAGGCGAGAUCAGGCGCAGUGGCUGGCAAAGCUAAAAAGGCCCGCCUGCGCGUGGCACGCAUGCCUGGUCUGCGAACAGAAGACAAGAUCUUCGCCCGACCAAGUGGAAGUUCCACGGAGGCCAGGUUAAGAAAGGUCCUUUACAGCCUGGAUUUCCGCCCUGGGAUGGCUGAGGUGCCCCGUCAGUUGGCAGCAUCCCAAGUCAGGCUUUUGGCGUGUUGUAAUAGUUUUAAAGCAGGUCAGGUUUUUUUCUAGUGAGGAGUGCGCUGAAGUGCCUUGGGGGCGGAUUCCCCCCGGAGUCGACCUCACUCUUCCUCCACCUCACCCCUCCCCCCAUCAAAGCCGGCCAGUCAUCUGAUGCGGGGGUUAAGUGAAGGUGGUUAACAUGGCUAGACAACCUGUCUGCGCGCAUCACACGGCGUGGGGCUGUUAGGAGGAGCCGUCCUAACUGACUCGCUCACACGCCGUCCGCGUGCUGAUGUCGCCCUAGCUUCCGACAGGACUGGAGGUUUACCCAACCAGACAAAUAAGGCAGAAGUCCAGUCAGCAUGUUAUCCACUCACGGACGCUAUUUAAUUGUCCAGCUUGUGUAUGCCGAGGCGUGCCACCAUAACCUCAUGCAUGCCAUUUGUUAUGGGUGAGCAGCCCAGUAACGCGUGUCGUACCAGGAUCCGGCCCCUCUGCUAGUUCAAUGCAAAUCCCGCGUGGCUCGUUGUCAGAGCGAACUCCACACAAGCACACACGGGGCCGACUGUGAGGCCUGAGUAGUACUGUCAGUUGGCAAUUUUACAACCCACAACGUUUAGUACGCAGUGCCAGAUUCAAGCGCAUCGGGUUUAUUGUAGUGGGGAAUGCGCUGAAGUGCCGCGGGAAUGGAUUCCACGGAACCGACCUCACUCAUUUCUCCCUCUACCAGACACCAGUCCACUCUCUCAACCGGCCAAUUCUCUGAUGCGGGGAUUGAGCGAAAGUGACCGCCGCGGCGCGAGCCUGUGCCCAGGCGUGCCACAAGCCCCCUCCGUGACAUCUGUUAUAGAUUGCGCGGACAGUGCGUAGCCCAGUUAAAUGAGUGUCCUGCCAUAAUCUGUUCCCCCUGUUGGUCCUGCGGAUUUCCAGCGGGGCUUUUUUUAGAGACACGACAUAAUGCAUACAUAAGAUACAUCCUAAUGUACAAUGGUAGGGGGCGCUCACCGAUCGUUCUUACGGAACUCACUCGUUCCGUUGUGCGACUGCUGGUUGCGCUCGAGAGAAAGUCCAUGAGGCACCACGGAACGAGUGAGUUCCGUAAGAGCAAUCGGUGAGCGCCCCCUACAAUUGUAUAUUCCCGAUCGAAACCGGCAGGAUAACGGGCUCUUGACCGAGUGGUUAGAGGCGUGGACUUCUAACUAACAGGUCGCGAGUCCGAGCCCCGGGUGUUCCACACUUCGGGGUUGGGUACGACUGGCUGACGAUGGAUAAUAAGCCGGAAAUGACCAUUCCCGUGUCCCUUGUCUUUGUCGGUAAUAACAUACAUCCUAGAGUGAUUGGAAUAUAAAACAACUGUCAUUCAUGCCUUGAAAGAGAAAAACUCGCGUCUCAUAAGCAAGAGGAUACGAAACCAUGAAUAAGUUCUUUUUGGAAAUGCACUUGAAUUUCAAGCUUGCAUCAACUCGCAAGAGUUCGAAAAUCUUUGGCAAGACACGUCAUACAUGAGCCUACAACAAUACAACUCAGACAGAAUAAAGACAUGUUACUUUCUGGAGUGAGUACGCCAGUUGUUAAAAUUUUUCUUUUUGCGAUUUCAUAAAUUCCCAUUUCUAUGAACCAAGUAUACCCACAAGGUUUUUUUGAAAAAAACGGUGUUAACUUUAGAAUGAAACACAGCAGCCUAUUGUUUUUACCGAAAGAGUGGACCACGCAUGUAUGAACCAUUUCGAAUGAAGCAGUAAAUUAAAUUAACAAAAUUCACGAAAAUGAGUUUUCUGCCGACAAAGACGGGGGAGCAAUAAGUGACUAUUGUCACCAACGAAACGUGUAAAUUCAGUCAGCAUAGAUCUUUGUAUGCUGAACUCAUCUGAACACGCAAGUGAAUCAGAGCCGACUUACUAAAAAGUCAUUUUGACAUUAAAUUUGACCCAAAAUUCAAGUAUAACUAACUUCUGACCAAAAAAAUAUCUUAAGCAUUUUGUGCAGCUCUCCUUUAAAAGAUGUCAUUAUCUGAAAUUUCCCUUCAAUAUUUUAUCCGCAAUAGAAUGCGUUUCUAUUGAAAGUGUAAUUCCCGUUUAUUCCGCCUUUUCUAGCUUCGGAACGACAUCAUUGACAAUAAAGAGGGCGUCGCUGUAGUGGAGGACUUUGCACUAUUUCUCGACGAGGUGUUUGCUGCGAAAUGCAUAAGUCCUCUGUGCUCAUUCUCUGAUAGUUUCUUGCAUUAGUUUUCCUACCGUUUAAGAAAUUUUUCGCUUUUAAAGGAUGUAGAUGCUAAACGCGUGCGCGAUAAGGUUUUUAAGCUCUGUUUCUGUUGUAUAUAAAAAAUCAACGAAACGUCGCCGCUGUCGUUUGAUCGUAAUGUGUUGAGUAAAUAACCUCCCGUUUUUCUAUCCAUAGAUACAAGUACACUCUAAAGAGCACCAAUAACCAAAAGCCCCGAUGCUAAAUUAUUUCGUUUAUUCAAAGUUAAACUAAAAUUUUAUUCAAAAUGUCGCGUUCCAUACUAAAAGACAAGCGGAACGGCAUAGUUGGAAACAGCGGUGACUUUUGAUUGUUUCUUACAGGUGGGUCAGGACAUAUACACAUUUCUUAAGCCAGACCGUAUCUAAGUUAAAAACAGUUUUACUGAGUUCUUUCAGAUCAACCGGAGCAGAAAAAAAUGUGAGCGUUAUUGCCUCAUCUAAAUGAACUAUUUUCCAUCAUGUGUGGUUAGAGGACAAUUACGGCCCCAGCUCUUGACAAUGUGUACACUAGUUUUAUUUUAUCACUGACUACUUUCGUAUCUAAGACGGUUCGGAGCGGUAAGCCAGCUGAUUUGAACUAUUUUAUGAAAAGAUUGGAAAAUUUUCUGUCAGUGUAGAUUUCUGAAUGCGAAAGCAAAAUUUUUCAGAGUUUUAUCUCUUGUCUUCUAGAUCCACGCGCACAGGACGGCACGCACGUAUGCUCAUGCGCCCAUACCGGACACAAACUACAGGUUCGCAUACUUUGCCACGAGUUCCUGUAACCUGUAUAGUAUAGCAACAUUUAAAACCGGCCGUACAUCCAUAGUUACAUGAUUCUGCAGCGUCGCUACUGAACUGGUAGUCUGCAUGGACUGAAGAGUGGUUAGAAAAUACCGACAUGCAUUCAUUUAAAUUCGGGUCACUAGACCCUGACUUUUGACCUACGUCACCGGAAUGAUCAUUAUGCUGCUAAAGCGACGAGAAGGAAAAGUAACGAAGCUUCCUAUGAAUACGUGCUUUCGUGACUCAAGGUAACUUUAUCGGUACUAACAAAUAAACUUGCAAAAGGUCAAAAUCGAAGAUCUGCCAGGAAGUGAAAAGCCGAGGUUUCUAGAUGUUUUAGAUUUUUAAAAAAAAUUUUUACAUCGAAAAGGAAAACUAUUCGUCGUUUUACGGUUUUGGUGAGCAAUAGGUUUGGUUCACACUUCGCCCAGUCGACCAUCUUCAUCACGAGCUGGUAGAAUAAUUAGUCUGAACCAUUUCUUAUGAAAUCUGCCGACGGGAUUCUGAUCUACUCCCAUGAGACUUCAUGUUGACAACCUUAUGCUAUUGCUUUAUAAAUACAGCCAACAUGUUAAACCCUUUCAGUCCAGUGCUCCCUACGGGUAUUAACCAAAGCUUCUUCAACUGAAAGUAAAUGUAAAUGUUAAGUAGUUCUAUGUGCUUUUGAAUGAUUCCCACGCUUGAAUGCAAGUCUUGCCGCAUUUAUACAGUCAACUAACGCGCGACCGUGUUCUACAACUAUAUGAAUGAAACCUCUUCGAUUACUCUAAGAAUUAAUUUUUGACGGACGGUUCUAGAGCGGCUAGUUGGUAGAUUGAGGUUUUAAAUGUAACGUGGCACCUGGUACUGAUAAUAACUUAUGAUAACAGUUUUGGACAGCAUUUUCAAGCAACGCUAACGGCUUAGCGCUUUUGGGGAAAUUUUAUUAGAUGUUCACUGACAUAAGAAAUAUAGCGUCUAGGUGGAAAUGGUCGCUUGUAUAUUCUUUUACGUAGUUUUAUAUAAACAACGCCAGAUUUUCUCACCUGGCUCUCGCGAAUGGACGAAUCUAGUUGUGAUUGCAUUCUUUUUUGUCUUUUCUAUGGAUUUAUGUCAGGAAUUCGUAGUUCCUUUGUUAAAUGUUGUUGAAAAUAUCCAAUUUCCUAGGAAGAAGCUCUUUAGUUUGGAAACGCUAAUUAAACCUUCGACUUAGUUUUCGGGUUUUCACGAGUUUACGUUUUUUUUUCUUUGCUUAUAAGGCACACUCUUCAUAACGACCUGCUUUGGUCUGAGGUAAUAUGCAAGCGGUUUCAUGCUGAAUGUUCCUUAGUUUACCGGACAUCAUUACUUGUACGGUAUACUUUCUGUCACCGUUUUCAGCAAUAAACGCCAAAAUACAUAAAACAUUAUCCGAACUCUGUCAAUGCUUUCAAAUAGGAGCUCCUAGUUCAGUGGUAUCUACCGAUUAUUAACAAGUAACCACCACCCUUGAAUAAUCCAUACAACGUCAAAUGUUGAGGCUUCUAUUCAAACGUUCCUACCGUCCUCCGGGACUAAAUCUCUGAUUGAGUAGUGCACAUUUCUACUCGUUUUCAAUAAAAAGUAAGUUUUAUUAAGAAAGGGACAGGAAAAUGACUUUCUUAUAUCUACUUAAAUUAAUUAUCUUUUACAAAAAUUGACGCCGGCGUGUACAGAGUUCUUUGUCUACAAAAUUUCUGUUUUUACAUAUUCCCAAAUCCAAAUUAAUGGGACUACCGGUUAACUGGUUCGGUAGGACCAGAUCGCCCUUGCUACUGAGACUUUAUUUGACUUGCUCUAGCUGUUGAUCGUCAUAAUCGGAAGUCAGGGAAAUAUACCUAAAUGAACAGCUUGCACUCUGAACUGAGUAGGAGAUGGUCUGUUGGCCAAGUGCUCUGGAAAGGCCAGCAGUCGGCGGCGCACAGCCCGCGACUAAAUGAGUACACCAUCCAGGUGCCGAUUUUUUUGGGUACGUGUCAUCUGGCGGAACAGGUUAUGAAAUGAGGGCCGCUACAGACGGGGCGAAUUUGACACCGGCGACUGCUUAUGGGUGGGGGGGAGGGAACAAGCAAUCGAAAAUCUGUUCGCUGAUUGGCCUAAGUUAGCACCGGCUGUUUUGGUCUUGUAAUCAGGCUGCCAAACCGCCAAAAUGCUAAGAGAAGAUUGAAUGGCAGCUGGAGAAAUUGACUUAAGGAUUAAAUAAUAAACAGACAGUAGUACACAAAUCACGACCACUUGACAAAUAAAACGGUCAUAUAAAAGUCUACACGUCGGCAAGGAAUAGACAAUGCCCAAAGGCCGAGGAGGAAGUAAUCCAAAACUUUUCACGCAGCGUACACCGAUUAACAUCAGUCCGCUUUGUCUUUAAAAGACUAUCUGCCUUUUAUAGGCCUUUAGACUUUUGCCAGGCGUAGUGACCAUGCAUCCAAAUCGAAUUUGAGGAUUAUUUGCAUUCUGCUAUGAGCAGGAAUUAAUUCUAUUAAGAUACUGACAAUAUUUGAAGCAGCGUAGAUAUGUCGUGAAAAAUUUCGUAAAACUUUAGAUUCGAAACAUUCCGACGACAUGUAGGCGGGGCACUGGCAGGUGGCCAUGCGUUAACUACCAGAGCGUUUGAGUUAUGGUUGGGGUUAUUGUUAGGGUCAGGGUCGGAAGGAUCGGUAUUAGGGUGAAGUUUAAAGUUAGAGUUAAAACACGGGAAUGGGCAAGAACGCCUGGAAUUCAGCGAAGACUACCUGUAGCGUGAAAAGAUACUCAUUCAUGUGUCCAGUCGACAUUUAAAUUUUAUCCUAACAGAGUAUUCCGCUCCGUCAAAGAAACUGUUUAAAAGGGACUUAAACGCCUACGAAGCGGCUUUAGGAAAUGGAUUUUUUGCCAAAUCGUGCUAACGGGAAUGAAUAAGCAUUAGUACAUGCGACAAAAAUAUUCAAGUCCUGGAAAAGGUUUAUUGGAAAAUCGGGGACAGCAUUCCCAUGGCGAAGCGUUGACUCACCUUUAGAAGUCUAUAAAAUGGUAAUGAAUUUUCGCCCCCUUGUCCGUAGCAUAAACAUGUGCGCUACUUCGUUCAAAACCGCGAAAAGUCGGAUUGUCAAAGUUAGCCGGCGGAAUUGUGUGCUGAAAGCCAGCGUGCCUUGGUGCCUGGGCCACUUUGAGAUCAGGUUUUGUACUUACCUCAUCACAGUUUCCAUUAACUAAUCUUAUUUAUAGCAGCACAGAAGGGUCACAGUCAACUCCUAGUGAACUACAGUGUAUAAUGCGCAGGGUCUAUUUGCCGCAAUCGGAACCGACUUGAAGUAUUUUUAUAAAUUUGUCAUCUUUAUCGUCAACACGAAAUUGGUCGCAAUAAUUUUCGCAGUCCUUUCCAAAUCCAUGGUUUUAGGGCUAUUUAUUUAAUUAUGGCCAGUUAAAGACAAACCCCGUACUAUUGCUGUGGAAUCUAGACGUCAGAAAAGAAAGAGAAUGCGUGAUUUGCCUUCAGUUAGAUCUACCUCCCAGUUUAAUGCUCCAAAAGCCAGCAGCCGACCUUGAUGAACUUUGAUUAGAAUUACCCGGAUAUCCUAUAUUACACGUAUAUCAUGUUGGUUUACCGCAUCCACUUAAGUUUUCAAAGCAGGACUGUCUUCCUCUAAGAGGCAGCAAUGCCUCUAUCUCUUUGGAAUACGCAUGAAUGCAAGGACGACCUAUACCGCCCUCUGGCGUAGAUGUUUUGAACUCCGCUGUCAGUCGAGGCACUCCAUGUGACAUUUGCUUACCUACUCUUUUGAUUUCUUUUUGAAGCAUUUGCAUCGUAACUGCUGAACCGCGUGAUAUAGACGUGCAGUACAUGUCCCAGAAGGAAAAGCUCAGCAUCGAUCCUGUGUUUGGGACCAUCCUGGUUGAAAACAGUAAGUAAUUUUGCCCUCCCCCAUCCUCUGUUGUUAAGUCCAUUGAGAAAAUCUGACAGUGAUACAUUUAUCCCAAGAGGCGGAGGUGUCAAUUGCAAAUCAUGAAAGUAUCCGACUUAUAAAGAAAGACCAAUCAAAAUAGGGGGUGCGCUUUCAACAUAUCCUGUUAACAAUUGAAUUUGGAGUUGUUGAUAAAGCUGUGUUUUCUCACUGAUGAUGCCUUGCCACACCAUAGCAAUUAUUAGCUACGCAUUCUCGAAGAAGUCCGAAUUUAUGUAUUUUAAGAAAGUUUAGCUUUGAACUUCUAUAACCUCCCCUUCUUAGUACUUCCGUUAACUGACUUGUCAUUUUGAUUCGCAUAAACGCUUCGCUUGGCGAAGGUCUUGGGCACGAGGCAAUGAAUCUGAACAUUAUUAUGCGUAGUCACUCUCAAGUAUCCAGUGGAUGGCUAGGACUAUCUACAAAAACAACUUUUGAUAAGGAGCAGGUGCUGGAUAACAACAAUAAUGAAAAUUCUAAGUCCAUAAGAAGUUUACUGUAUGCGUCGGCGUAUUUGGGAUGAAAAACUCAGAGGGACUAUUUCUUUCACCUGGGGAAUUCAGACGAAACACCAUUACCGACAAGGACAAGGGCGACUGGAAUGGCCAUUUCUGACUCAUUAGCCGUCGUCAGCCAGCCAUACCCAACUCCGAGGUUCGAAACACCUGUGGCUCGAUCCCGCAACUUCUCGCUUAGAAGUCAAACACCCCUAAGCACUGGGUCACGGGCUCAUUGUCCUGUCAGUUGCGGUCGGGUAAAUACAAUGGUAGAGGGACGCUCACCGAUCGCGCUAUGGAAUCCACUCAUCCCGUUGUGCCUUGGGCUCUCUCACGAGCCUCGUCACCAACCGCACAGCGGCGCGUAACAUAAGCCCGUGGCUCAGUGGUUAGGGGCGUUAGACUUCUAACCAGCAGAUCGCCGGAUCGGGGUUAGGAAAUGACUGGCUGACGACGACUAAUAGGCCAGAAAUGGUCAUCCCAGUCUCUUUUGUCUUUGUCGGCAAGGCUAUUCUGUUAAUGUUACAAGCCGCUGGACGAUUGCUGACGGCGCUCGAGACAGAGAAGCUCAAAGGCACAACGGAACAAGUGAGUUCCGUAGCGCGAUCGGUGUGCACCCCUCUAUCUUGGGAACUUCCCCAUAAUAAAUGCGCAGUCUUGCUCGGUUACGAACCCUUUUUAUACGGUAUUGUCGUGCAACGGAAAAAUCAAUUACAGCCUCUGUUCCCUUUCAUCAGCAUAGUUGUUUGUAAUCCAGUCGUUUGGCCCAAAGCUAUUGUCUUUUAUACUUUUAAUGCUUAUUUAUAUACCCAAAGAUUAGUAGUUUUCGAUUUGACUGGUGUUACAAGUCUUUUGGAUCGACUUUGCAGCCACCCUUUCAUCUCCUAACGAACCGCACCUAGCAACCAAACUUCGCAAAACAUAGCGUUUUAAAGGACACAAUAGUUUCUCUUUCUACCGUUUUAUCUGAAUGUCAACUUCUAGGUCUCGAAAGUGACUAUUCGUCCGACUGUUUUUCCGAUCCACUCGGACGUUUGGGCAAAAUCCAUAACAGUCUAUCUUACUAUUUUGCACGCUACUUUCAGCUUAAAACACCGCGUAACAAUAGCAACCAACCAGCCUAAGAUGUCUUCGAAUUCUCACUUAAUGUAACGGACUUGCUCGAAGAUCGUCGGUCUAGUCUAGAAAAGAGCUCCUUCGUUUUGUUGUCGGCUUCAUUCCGUGCAGUAUUCUGCACUGUGCCAUUCUCCUCUGCUAAUGUCGGAUCUGGCUACUUCAACAUGAUGUGUCGUCUUCUGAUCUAACCGUUUUAGAGGACACUUCGACUUUACUACAGUCUGUGAAUGUGGUCAUCUCGUCUACUUUGGCCAAAUGCAGAACGCCCAGUUUCUCUCGUAUUCUUAGUCAAACCACAACCACUAGGGCUCCUGCGACGCCGACAGCUGAACGAUCGCCCGAUCAGAUAGAAUCAGUUGAUGUGGUCACAUCCACGGACGAUUUGACCUCCUCAAAUCUAACGGAAGCUCAGUUCACGGGGGUUGGAGGCAGUUCAUCGUCAGCCGAGAUCGUGAAGGGUGGCAAAACUAGUGGAAGUCAGACAGGUGAUGCGCAGGAGACGCAAGAGGAUCUCUAUUCUGACCUGCCACCCCUGAGUCGGCGACGUCGUGGCUGGUUCGAGGAGGUCAUUGCCGACGAUCCGACCGGAGUAGCUCAGAUAAAUUCAAUCUUGAAGUUUAUUCUCAGCACCGAUUUUGGUGAGUAUUCACAACAAACCCUCAUUUCUGUUGGUCUACUUUCCAAGAAGCGUUAUUUUUGGCUUUCAGUUUAUCAUACCUCUUUCGUCUAUUCUAUGUUCGGUCAUAUCCGUCGUCCAGAAAACCUGUUUGAGCACAUAUGCAUCAUAGGCCAACUUUAAAUGACGUUUCCUAAGAUUUCCAAGGCUUUAUUCGAUAAAACUUGUUUAAGGAGCAAUCGGACCAUACUUUCAGCCCUUCCAUAUGGCUAAUCCGCUUUGUUGGAUUAAGGGUCUACAAUAUUUUGUUUAAAGUUGCCAAAAUUCCCAUGAAGCAAUUCAGAAGAGCAUUUGGCGAGCAUGCGCUUACUUUUGAUAAAUUCUCAUCGGACCAGUACAUUUAUACGGGAAUGAGGUACAAACUGAAACGUGUGAGCGGUAAGAGGAAUCGAUUACGAUUCGUCUUUUCAUAGAAAUGGGGUGUGCGAAUAAGGGGGAGGGGAGAGAGGAGGCAGUAAGCGACAGUGAGGGUUAGGUAGAGCCGUGUCACCUGGGGGGGGGGGGGACGCGGAGGCAUGCAUGCAGUUAAUCGUCCUUCGGCCACAGUCGACGCGGAGCGUGCAGGAGUUUCUUCUGAGCGCACAGGACCGACCUCUGAAGCCUGAUGGCAGUCGCCUGGUAGGCGCUGACCCGGUCGAUUAGGGUAGUUAAGUGGGACCUUGCAAAUCACACGGAGGGCAUCGUUGGGAUCCACACGAUGCCCCGAAUCAACCAUGUGUGGGACGAUGGAGCAUCGAAACAUUUUGUAUAUUGUUUUAAGCUAUCGAACUCGUGCAGGAGACUCAGAAUGCACUCAAAAGAAAACACCUGAUGGGGCUGUUCGAAUUCUGCCAACGAACGUUCUCCACGUUUGCUGGCGAGACCUAUGAGCAAGUCAGGUAAACUCCAAUAGGCUCACCGAUGUCCGGUUUAGUGGCAGAACUGGUCUUACGGGAGCUAGAAAAGAUUGCCUUCAUCCAACAUGAGGUAGUAUUUUGGCGUCGGUACGCAAAAAGACACGUUUGAUAUCGGGAAGAAGGACAUGCUACAACAUUUCCACAACCUGCUCAACGCAGUUUUAUUUGAUAUAAAAUUCACGAGGGAAAAAGACAAGGGUAAGAUGAGGUUAUGUAGCCCCACCUGAUGGACACAAUACUCUCGGGGUUAGGGUCAGGGUUAAAAGCUAGGUUUGGGGUUUAGGGUUGGGCUUUGGGUGAUGCGCGUUCAUCGGUCCCACCUGUAAAAACCCCCAUUACCAUCGGUCCCGUAUUACAGGUAGCUAGGGUUUGUUUACUUCAGGUGGGACUACAUAACCACAUCUGACCAAGAACAGGAACAGCAGUUGCCCUCCCUGAACGUGCUCGCCAGACAGAACUUUAACGGUGAACUUGAAACGAUGGUUUAUAGGCAGACAACGAACAACACAAAGCUUCUCAGUCUUCACAGCAACCAUCCGGUCGUCCACAAACGAAGCUGUGUCAAGACGCUCUUCAAACGAAUUCAAACUCAUUGCAGCAAACCGGAGGAAUGAGCACGUGAGGCCCGAUAUCUCUGCGAGCAGUUUAUGCAAAAUGGCUAUCCGAAGGCAAUCAUAAGCCGCUGCCUACGCAGUCGCCCCCAGGCAACCUAAACAUCAAAACCACCAACGAAAUGCUAUUCUCUGCCCUACGUUGGCGGCGUUUCAGAAGCAACCGAGCGCAUUGCUGAGGAAUUAGGGGUUGAAAUUGCACACCGCCCCAGAGCCACCAUGCGUAGAAGGGUCAUGAGAAUUAAAGAUCGGUUGGAGCCUGAGGAGCAAUCUGGAGAAGUUUAUGGCAUCCCCUGCCAAAACCGUCCUUGUAACUACACAGGCCAGACUGGACGAAUGCUCGGAUCGCGCAUACACGAACAUAAGCUGGCUGUGCGACCAGGCGACGCAUUAUCACAAGUGGCCGCCCACACCUACGAAAUCGGCCAUGAGUUUAAUUUCGCGACCACCAAAAUAGUCGCCUACGCCGGAAAAAAAACAGGCCGAGAAUUAAUUGAAGCCUGAGCUUCCGAUGAGAACUCAGUCGAUGGAUUUAUCGAUCUGGCGCCGGCGUACAGAGUCCUGCACAGUCACCUCCAGUCUUGCGCCGUCGGUCGAUGAUUGGCUUACACACCCUAUAACCGUCGCUUGUUCGGUUGCUGCGAUGGACGCUUGCACGAGUUCGAAAGCUCAGAACAAUAAAUAAGAUGUUUCGGUGAUCGACCCCCGUCUUCUUCACUUAUACGUACACCUGGAACUCGAACUUCCGCCUUAAGUCUUCUGAAUAUUUUUUUGAUAUGGGAAUGUAUUACCAUAUUUCAAGGAGUUAACAGGAGGGGUGCAUUCAGUGUUUCGUGCCCGCGGCAAACGCGCGGGCGCGAAGAUUCAGAUGGUGUGUUAUACAGACUACAACACAAAUCAACUCACGGCUUCCGGUCGGGUCCUCAUAGCUCAGGUGGUUAAGGCGUUGGCUGUACACAAAAAUUAGACGUGUCGUCGUGGUUUCAACCCUAUCUAGACUACCGAGUUUUUCACAAUUAAGUUCUAAUCGAGACCCGAUAAAACCAAAAAAGAAGGAAACAAAGGUACCAGUACAGAAGCGAAUCUUUUCCGUCACAAUUUCACAAAAUUUCAUUGGGUUUAUCCGCGCUGCUGGUUCCUAAAUAGCGAAAUCCCUAUUUUAUUCAAAACCUGGUAAGUUCCUUUCGCUGGUGCGAAAUGGUUUAAUCCCGGACUUUACUCUGGCUUUAGUGCAACCUAUCCACGAAUGCGACCCUUGUGUUAAAUUCAUGAAAAAGCCAGUUAUUUGCUGCUAAUCCCAUAAUCUGUGGCCAGGAAAAAGGACUUCGCCGACGAUCGAGUAUGUAAACCCCGGCUUUCAUCACUAUAAAAUGUCUGCUUAUUUGAUCUAGGUAGGCAUGCUGUAGUAGGGUCACAUUUCUGGCUAGCCUGAGGGAAAUGAACAAAGUUACUGUUAAGGUCAGGACUAGGUUUAAUGUUAGAUUUGAGUUUAGGAACAGGUAAGAGUUGGAGGUAAGGUUAACGUUCGCAUACCGCAUACCGUUUUACCCAACCCGGCCUCAUUUAACCAGUAACCCUGGACUAUCUGCUUUCCGCUUGUUUACCCACCCCCAAUUCUUGUAUUUUAAAUUGCGCGGCCUGUUCCGUCACCUCGUUGAAGUUAUAAAAGAGACGCGUGGCAGAAGUGUGAGUUUUCUCAGUGCCUUCGGCAGAUUCCGUUAAUCGCGGCGUUCGUCUCCCUUACUUACAAAACUACUAUUGAUAUCCUUCCGUACAACAUGAGUUUCUGAGCUCCAUUUUUUCAGUGGGGUUUCAGUGUCUAGUUCUCCCCAACACUUCAAUGGCAAAAAUAUACGAUAUUGGGGACUCCCCCUUAUAAAAAUGUUCCAUGUUCUCUAGUAUACGGGUUUAGCAUCUUGGUGAUUUGCAUGAACAACACAGGACAUUUUUGCGAAAGUUUUACGCCGGCCAGUAAGGAAUGCUCAUCGAAGUCUUCACUAAAAUUGGCCCAUAGAACUAGCAUAUAUUGAUUUGCAAAAAGUUGGGCAGUGAUAACACCUCUUCCUCCCCCCCUUCUCUCUCUCUCUCUUUUUUUUCUCUGUCUCCUCCUUUUCUUCACGAAGACUGCAAAUUUUUGCCUGUGCAUAAUUGGGAAUCUCAAGAAGAAAAUAACGUGCAAACCGACAGCGGAGACUAGUUGAGAAUUUUAUAUUUUCCGUCCUGUAGAACUGUAAUUUUGACUUCUUUUUGACCUCCUGUAUGGUAGGUAAUCAUUACUAUGACGGACACUUCCUCUCCGAUCUAAUUGCUGGCCUAACCGUUAUUGAAGACUGGGAAUCACACCCAAUGUCAGAGAACGUCGUUUCGCGAUCCGUUUUCUUCACCUCAGGUCUUGGCUUUAUUUAUCCUGCGAAGUGAGUCCUGAUUACUUUGAUCCUUUCACUACUGACGAAAUUUGGUGUCCAACUUAAGAUUUUGCGUUUCCUCCUACAGGUGUUCCGUUGCAUCCACAAGUUUUUAACUAACAUUUUAAAGUUGAAAUAUUUGUUCUUUCUUAUAUUAUGCAGUAGAAGGUUGACAUAUUCAGGCCCGUGGGCCCACGGCCAGCAAUGAUACACCAGCCACAUGGCUACGACACAGAUCACGUCUACUUAUCAGACGUCCAACUUCCCCAACCAGUUUCCAGUUCAUCUAAGGGCUCAACUUUGGAUGCACUAUCACUGCAGAGUCCUCAAUAGCAUUGUGUCACCAGUAGACUAAACCAGCCUGUGAAUAUAAUAACCAGGUUCUCGAAUCCUAUACCUUUCAAUGAGGUCCCUAUCCGGCAAGUGAGAUGGAAACUCUGAUUUGUCUAUGACCUUAAUCACCGCCUCCUUUGGACUUACUGUGAACAGAUUCAGCAGCUGUCCUCGCUCUUUCUUUACAAAGAACCUAUAAAUAACCUCAAAUUUGUUGAGUACAGGCGCUGCUUAGCCAUCCUAUAAUCCUUUACAUCGUCAGCAAUAAAUCCUUAGGCAGUACCCGUGUCAACUGGGGCUGCCUUAGUUGCUUCACAAAAGACGACUUCUGUGUGGCAAUAGGUGUAACCGAAAACUUUCUUCUCAAAGCCGUGCGACUCUGUUUUAUACGGCAUCUCAAGUGCAAAACUGUUUGGAGUGUCAGAAUCACCUUCAACCGAAGAUUUCAUGCAGAUAUCAUCAUCUCAGUUAUGUGUCACACCAAGAAUAAUUUGGGCUAGUCCGAAUUCGCAGUCCUCUCAUAGAGCCCAGAUCGACAGGUUAGGGGGGUGUCAUAAAAGCCGGCUUGGAAAGAGCAAGCGGUCCAGUGGCGCUCGACAUCACUGUAUUGCAAAGUAAUCGACUGACAGGUUCGGAAGACUCAGUCCUAUGCAGACAGGCAUGAGCUAUGCGCCAAAAUCAUGUGCCUGUUAAGUAGCCACUGUUUAAAAUUGCCAGAAGCAUAAACCAGGCGCGAAUCAAAGUUGAAAACUUGCUUAUCAACUUGCCACCGUGAAUAAACGAUUGGGUUUGGAAAUGCAAGACAAAAUUAAUGGCCAGCGAAAUCUUGUGAGUUCAUAGUAAUUUUUAACUGGGGGAACUGCUGAAUAACCUAAUCAGCGAACUCAGUGUUCGUUUUAUCAACUGUAAAAUUAAGAUUUGCCUGACUGCGUGUUGAGCCUACACUUUGUCAUCAGUGUUGCCAUGUCUGAGAUUUUUGCGAUAGAACAGCGUCUAAACAGUGGGCGCGUCAUCCCAAACCGUCUUAUUCCACUCAUUCCCAGAAUGCUGCAAUAAACUUCCAAUGGGAGGCUGCAUCUUUCAUGUGAUUAGCUUCAAUCUGCACCAAACCCUCUGUAUCAACGUUGAAUUUGCAUUUGUUGUUCCAAUGAAGUCAUCACCUUUUAACUGAACUGUAAACCGUAAGAUACACAAUCCAUCGAACUCUAGAAGUGGCAGUUAAGUAGUAUGUCAUCUGUGUGACGUGACACCUCUAUCGCUUUGCUUAGACUGCCACUGUAUCCUUCGAUCUAAUGUGAAGCUACUGUGUCCCGUCCGGAUACUGCGUUUUUUACCGGAUCUGUAGCUACGAUGUAGGGAGCGGUGUCCGCACUACAAGGGUCACUGGCGACCGAUUUCAGUCACAUGAAGGGCUUUUUCCCUGACAACGCAGGCUCUUAUUCCGUCUGAACCCUCACGUUAUUUCCCCUAGCUCACGUUCAGUUCAGUUCAGAUUUAUUACAGCAAAUUGCAACGAAGACGUCGGUAAACAGCUUCAAGCCCGCGUGGAAAGACAGCUGAGGCGAGGCAAACACGCUGCGAACCUACUGACGGACAGUCCCUGUAAGAACCUUCUACAAAAUCAUCAACCAAAAAGCCGUGGCUGAUCAGGCAGGUUGAUCUCGAAAGCAGGCUUCAUGGGCACCGUCAGCAUUCGGCUGGGCGUUAACGUGUUUGAGACCUAUCGAUUCGCCCAUCCUCCUGCCUCACCCAACUGCCUGCUCAGUGGCCGCGUCAUGCCGAUAGAAAACCCGUCUAAACGCUAAAUGGCGGUCGCUGCCAUGACUGGCAGAGCCUUCCCUCACCAUUCAACCUGGACCAUGGAAAUGCCUUCGUUGCGAAAAGUUUUUUGGAGGACUGAUCUCAUGAGGUGUUGACCGAAAUUCCGAAAUGUGUUUUCGAUUAGAAAUAAUUACGUGGGCAGGUUCGUAAUAGUGAUUAUCGUGCUGUUCCAUUCCAAAGUACUUUAAUCACCCCAGGAUGCGGACUUUUGACUGAGCUUCUUUCCAACUGCCUGCAUAAACAAGACUCGGUAUAUAACCAUUUAAGUAUCAUGAAUUCUUCCUAUGGAGUUUUAGUACCAUCAUAAAUUCAAAUGUAUCUUGUAGAAACCAUGAACAGAAAUACUCUUUCUUGUACUCCGUUGGUGGCGAAAUAGCAUCUUUCGGCUUAAAAACCUUUCCCCUUUCCCGAACGAUUUUGAACUUAACCUGCACUUGCACUUGCGCUGAGGGUUUCUAAAUUACGUGAUGUAUGCCUUCCGGUGGAAGGAGAAAGUAUACAUUCCCUCUAUGCUAUUUAGAAGACGUCAUAUAGGGGCUCAUAGAAUUUUGCAGCGGAUUUGAUUCAUGUUGUACAGUUUAUUAACACCAUUAGUGAUGCUCUACAAAUGGACAUUUCACAAUCUUAGGAAAUCUCAUGGUUACGAGCCUUUUUAAAUUGAAAGAUGCCCGGAUUUAUAAGCGCAUGGAAAAGUCAGUCGAAAAAAUUAUACUACUUGAACAGUCAUUUUUCGAGCGUGCUUUAUGCAGGCGGUCGAAAAGAAGUUCAUUCAAAAGCUGGCAUCCUGCGGUGCGUUGUUUCGAAAUCGUUCUGCAAGGUAAGCAAUAUUUUAAACCACCAAAGUGAUUCUUUCUAAUCGAAAACGCGUUUCGAAAUUCCCUUUAACAUUUCAUGAGACGGCCAGCUACUAUAUUAUCAGCUCCGGCGAUGAAAAGCCCCCAAUGUUUGAGACGCUAGGAGAAAAAUCCAUCAGAUCGUGUGAUAACAUGCACUCUUAAAUAGGAAAUUUCCAUGGCAGUAUCCAGAAAACUAGUUGGCGGGCAUGCACUCGUUUCCAAUAAAUUCUCGUCAGGCCAGUACAAUUAUGUAGGAAUGGGAUACAAGCCAAACAUGUCAUUCACUAAUGCCUUUACUCGCUCGCCUUAACAUUUAAUCAGUCUCUUACGUAGGUGGCUGAUAAUGUCCUCGAGGUAGCUAAGUAUAAGACCUUUUACUUAAAGGAAGAAAUCGCCAAGAUCAAAAUCGCAUCCGCAUUUUCCUUCUCCAUACUAUUAAAACAAAUAUUUAACGAAUUAUGAUAUGGUUUUUUAAGAAAAUUCUUUGACGAAAAUAAAAGUAAAGUCUCCUGUUACCGGUAAAGAAAAAAUAUGGAAAUACAGGAGGCACGAUCCACAACGAGCAUAUUUAAUUGCCGUUUGUGUAAAUGCAUGAAUCUUCAGGCUCCACGGAUUCGAGGAAGACUUGACUGCGGAUUUUGCAAAUUCCUCGCUCUGGCAACGAGUUUUGGACUCUCAAGGUCUCCUCUUUUGGAUUCAGCCAAAAAUGGAGGGUGAGAUUUGAAGGACUUAACGUGAUUUUUAUCGUGUUUAUUUUGACAAAUCGAAACGGGACGAGCCAUCGCAACGAAGUCUGUUUUAUUUCUGUCCUUAACUCUCAUUUUCCUCCAUCCAGAUCCGACGCUUCCGGCUCCUAUUCUGUCCCAUAUAACUCCAGGCAACAAGACAAUGGUCAAUGGCAGUGACACACUCAUCUUACCAAUGCCAAACACAACAAAUAUGUGGACCGAGGUUCCAGUAUUCGAAGCUACUAUCCCUAUUGCUCCGCUUCCACGCGUGACCAUUUUUAAGGGGAUUUCGGCUUCGCAAAAUGCCAUUUCCAACACAUUUGCAGGUUGAAUAAUUUACUUUUCUACUGUUUAUUAACUAGUAGCGUUUAUUACCACUUUGACUGCUUGUGGUCCACAACCCGCUUUUUUGCUUUUUAGUCGCUGGCCUAACUUUGAAAGAAACAUAUUUGCAGUCAAAACUCUCUGAAUUUCCUGAGUGCCAUGGAGACAAGGUCUGUUACCUUUUAGACGACGCUGCCUUAAUCCUUGCUGCUAACAAACCAGCUCUGAACUAUCAGGUAAGCGUUAGUCCUGUUAUUUUGUUGGAAAUUUUUGGGACUAGGGAGUAAAGUCUGCUAGGCAGGCAUUUUCCGUUUCCAUCUGAAAGGUUUCAGGAAAGAUUAGGUCAGGUUUCAGCGGCUUCAGCAGGCGAACGGCGUAAUAUUAAUGGAUCCAAACUGAACCAUAGUCGAAUUCCUACUUAAUUAGUAUUUGAGCCAUACUUCAAUGAUGGAACUAGCUCGUUAGGUUUUGGCAAGUACUUAUGUUGAGGAUGUACCUAUACCGCUUACCACGUCUGUUCCUAUUGUGUAUCUACGCUGUUCGUCGACCAACUGACUGUUCUCCCUGGGCACCAACUUAGGAAACUUGGAAGUCAAGAACCUGUCCACCGGAAAGUAUAUUGCUUGGUCCUUUGGGUGUUGAAAAAACGAAUUACCUGAAUGUUCGUUUCUUAGCCCGCUAGCUGCUCCUUUGCAGCAACUUCAGCAACUAACUUACUCACGAGUUUUACUUCGAAGUAGUUGGCUUUUGGCCUUUAAGUCGUCUCUGACGUUAUGCAACUUUAAACUGGCCAAAGAGGACGGCAUCAACAGACGUGAUCUCAUGCAAUCCAAUUGGAAGGUUAGGAUUUGUUUCAUUUCGCGCUGCCCCUGUAGGCUGUUGUUUCGUAAAAUCCACCUAUACUCUCCCAUUAAGUACUUGGAGUGGAUGGCGCUACCAGCAAACCUGUUAGCAUCUAUCAACUCACCGAUAUAUUCGUCUUGAGUCAAGUAAAAGCCUGGGUGCUCGGAAAACUCAGUGGAUGCGAAUGUUUACAAGAUACAGUAGGUUGAACCAGAGUAAACAUUCAACUACUAAAUGGUGUUAGUUUGGGUGCCUUUAAAUAAUGAGCUUCUUCCGAUGGAAAUAAUCCUACAGGCAUGCUUUUACACGCACGCUUCCAAAUUAUGCAACUAAGGCGUCAUUUUUUCCAAGGUUGGUCAUUUUCUCGGCUCCGCUGAUCCGUGGCUGAUGCAAGAGCUACUGAACAACCUGGUGUACAGCAGGUAUAUUUUGAACCGUAAUUUUCAUAAUUCAUACAUUUUACGGCAUUGUCAAUAUUUUGCGCCCAAAGUGACUUUCGUUCAGUUUAAUCAAAGGCCUCUGGAGCGUCUUUGCAGUACAUGAAUAGAAUCAUAGGGCAAAAGUGAUCAGAACCCCGUUUCUAGUUUGGUAGAGUCUUCCCAUCCUACACCACUUCAGAUCAUUAUUUUAUAUGCCUUACGGAUUGACCAGUCUAUUGCGCAAACGACAUUGUUCACCGUGUGCUUCACAAAUAGAGCGCACAGCUGGUGCCUUGCACGUGAAUUAGUGUAUAAUGAGGCCGGCUUGCUCAGCAUCUCUCUCUCCAUUUCCUUUUACUCACUCUGCUCCGAUGGCUAGACAACGUCAACAAGAUCGGACAUGGGCGCGGGGACAGUGACGGACGACACUAAACAGCCCCUGCAGGCAUGGCCUACACGACCUGAUUGUCUCAGGCUGAACGGGGGGCACACUUCCCCCGCACGUGAGAUGUGGAUUGCCUGUUCAUGCGACGUGUCGCCUGUCAUACCAACGCUAGGAUAGUGAAUCGUAGUGAUGCAUGGCGUGGGGUAGGGAGGUAUCGCGUAGAUGAAUAUUGUAAGGUAGGUUAGUAUGUAACAUUAGGCGUGGGCAGAUAGGGCUAGGCGUGGUGAUGGGUGUGGACUUUGGUGCUUUAGUGACGAUUUUUGGGGAUGCACAUGUCGCCAAAUAGAGCGCAGAGAGGGGCCAUAGAGUACUGACGCAAAGUGAGAGUCCAGAGUUGCAGCUACUGUUGAGGGCGGGGUGUCGACAGUUGUGAGGGUAGGAACACCGGCAAUCUUCACCAACCCGCAGUUACACCAAUCCCACCCCCGGAUCCAUGCGAAAAGUGUCCCCAAUCCAUUCAAGCAGCUCUGUCUGAUUUCUGGUCCGUUACAGUGAUGAAAAUUGCUGUGCACUGCAGGUUUAUGGGAAUUUGAUCAAUUCUCCACAAGAAGCUUGCAAAGUUAUUUGACCACGCUUUUUAUAACCCUCAAUGUCAGGCCUAAAAAUGGGUUUUCAGAAUUUUUUCGCUCGAGUUGCAAUCAGAUGGACCAACUUUCGUUAUUUAUACGCCUAGAAAGAUCGGAAUUUUGCCCCACCCCCUUCCCUUUAAGAUUCUUCAUUUGAAUUAAAAUUGUAAUUUCAUUCCCUCGGGCUUGUUCAUAUUCACUUUUUCUUUUGCUGUGGAUAUUACUUUCCUGAAGUUGUCAUUUGGGAUCUGUCCAUGCAGUUUGUACUGAGCAGGACCUAAAAUUAUCAGGAAUCAUCGACCAUUUCUACUGGGGUGCGUGGUUUUGGCCGCUGAAGUAAAAAUGUGUGGCAACCCUGCCGGUUGCAUGUCUGACAAACAGCAAGUUCAGGGACGUAAGGGUUCCUGUUUUUUUUAAAAAUCGAUCGGUCACCAGAACCAUUUAUUUAUCUUUUUGAUCUUCUGAGCUUUUGCAGGAGUCAGAGUACUCAACCAGUUCUCUUCUGCCUGAAAUUCGAGAAUUUGUCUCCAUUCGAAAAAUUUACGUUAGAUAACGUUUUAGCUAGGAAAAUUCGGAUUUCUAGUAAGAAGAAACUAACUCUACUGACUACCGUUCCCUGUUGUUUCUCGUAUCUUAAGAGUGAAAUACUACGACUACCAGUCCGUUUGCGAUACCACGGAGCUGGCGGAUCGAAACUGCACCUCACCGGCUACACGCCUUAUCCCCGUAAGUUUUCUUGUUUCCUUCUCGUUGUUUGUCGUCUAUCUAAUUAUUCAUUGGUACGUAUGUCUUAAGACGAGUUCUCUAGAGGUCUUGCUUCAUUACCGGUCUAACGAACGGCUCUAGUUAUCCGCAAACCUUCUACAACCGAAAAAAUCUACAAAACGAAACGCCUCCACGGCUGAAGAUGGAAACCAUCUGACGAUGCCAAUAUGCACGCCAUAUGAGUGGAACUCGAAAAGUGUGUGCAAACUUCCUGAGAAUUGCGUAAAACGAAGACCGCAGGGGACAGCGUGCGCAGAAGGUUAAUAGUGAAUGUCAGUUGUCCGAGGAGGUGCAUACAUUCCUGCUUGGACUUGAGUGUAUCAUUUAAUGAAGCUCCAGCCCAUAAAGUUAUCUGAGAAUACUAUCUAUAUUGACCAAGGCAUACACAGUAGGAAUCGCAAAGUGUUAACAACGUCGAAGAGGCAAACUAGACGCUUGCGUAUUCUUUUCAGUUGAAGAUUAAGCUGAGGCUGCCUGCAAAGUAUAACCAGUAAUCAGUGGUUAGCAUGAGUGAUACUUUUUACACCCACUUUCACUUUCGAUAAAAGAGAUGGUUACUUCUCAAUCAAGUUGGUUCAGAUUAUCACAUUCCUUAGUCAGUGCUUACCAAAGCUAUAUAAUUAUUUCCAACUUCAGAGUCUAUUGAGAGGAUUAGAACAUACACUUAAUCCUCGAGUCUGGUUGAAUUUCCUGAUGGUCUGCUUCGAAGUGGCCCUAAAACUGGUCAGGUAGGCUUUACUCCGUUUUAUAUUUUGUGACGUUUUAUUUCAACAUUAUUGCGACGUCUUCCAUAUUUGUUGCAAAAUACCGUUAAAUGUUUAAGAGUUCAAUACAGCAUCAGACCGAAAAAUCACAGAAACGGGUGAGAAAAGUGACAGAAGGUGUGUAUUGCCGUGCUGGGAGUCAUUGUAGCCCAGCCAACCGGUCCGAGCUUAACUGAAGUGCAGCCUUCUGCCAUCUGAGCUUUAAGCCCAUGUGUAGGCCCGGUUGUCUUAACAGACGCCAGUCUGUCUCUCUGCUUCUCAGUUGUUCGUGGACGUGGUGACGGUGAUGGAGUUUUUUUGCAUAGAUGAGUCGAAGGAGCUCUGAUUUCCAGACGGACUGGGUUUAUAACUUUAAAUAUAGCCUUACUGGGUGUUUCUCGAAUGUGCCUGUUGUCUAGUUACCAGUUCACUAGAUGUGUUCCCAGUCGUACCCUUUGUCUCCUGCUCUGACGUCCAACUUUUGACCAAAAAGGCACUCGCUGCUGCGCAACGAACUACAGGAGGUUGACGAUGAGCGUUUAUGAGGGAGAGUGUUCACGCUUUUCUACUUUGACAUAAUCAUCGCCUUCCACAAAAGACAUCGAAAGGGCUGUUACUAAUACCUCCUUUCGUUAUAAAACAUUUUGGCUAACAUUUUCGUUCUGCCUGAAAUUGGAAACUUGGUUAGCAUGCUUACUGAAUAUCCCCAUUGCGGUUCGGAUUUGCCUGUCCUCUAAGCGUCUCCUGCACAGGAUCCCCGAGCCGAUUAGAGCAAUCAGAAGCCACAUAUGGACCAGGCGAGUGCUCUGUAUUGCGAACACAAAGUCAGAAAGAAACUGAAUGAAUAUAUCAUAUACGAAGGAAGGUCUGAUACUCCUCCUUAAGGGUUUGUAAAAUUGGUCCGCAGAUUCGUCUGUUUUGGCAGUUGUCAAAGUAAGUAGGCCAGUUCCGGACAUUUCUAUGCUAGUUGUUCUUUAUGUCCAUCGUCAGUUGGCACUCGGCAGCCCCAUAUCCAAUUAGCCUUCUGUGACAUGCCUUUAAAGGUGAUGUGCUUUUACUCCAUGUAAUUGGAAAAAAUGUCGGAAUUUUUAGUUCCUCAGACAUACUGCAAUACUCGUUUCCUAUGUUGUCCAUUUUACUAGGAAUUGAUACUCCCGACGAAAAUUCACCUUAUUCUCCAUAAUUCUCCUCUUAUUUCCUCUCUCUCUCUCUCCCUCUUAAGAGUCUGCAUUACAUUGAGCCAGCUCGUUCUUGGUACGUUAAUUCGAUUGUGUAUUUGUCAAACAUAAAGUUUUGUGGAAACUAUUCUGUUAAAUAAUCCUUUUAUCAGCUUUUUCAUGUCUUAUGCGCAAACGCAAGUUGCGCAUUUUUGAGCACAGCAUUGUGUUAGGAGAAAAGGUUUCGCGCUUAAAUACUUAGCGAAAUUUUGUAGUCGAGUUGAGUACUACAAAGAACGGCAAAACAGCUGAUGCAUCGAACUCUUACCUGGUGCAGACCGAAAACCACACGUUCCACCCCUAUCCUACACGGUCACGGGUGCGAUUUCGUCGGAAAUUCAAUUAUUUUCGACUAGUUGGCGUCGCAAGUGAACAGAAAUUGACAUGUUCUCUUCCCAAUGGAUAUGAAAUCGCUAACGGUCAAGAUAGAAGAGAUAAAGUAUUUUCAUGAGGAGCAAAAUAAAAUGUGCGUUUCGUAGUAGGUUGGUAGGGCGACAAUCUGAGGUCAGAUUUUCCGGCCUUCUCGGAGGUCCAUUGCACGCGAAUGGUGGCAUUCACUUCGUCUUCCUCAGACAACUGAAAUCGCACCAAUUUCCUAUAGCACCACCAUGCGUAGACUGACUAGUGCACAUCUUAGUUAGUAGUGUUACUGUUUUCAACACUUGAAAUCAUUCGAUUAUCUGCCCAGAUUCAUUGACUUAUCCGUAGUUAUCUGAUGUUUCUGUCUUCAAAUUCUCGCUAUACUUCCAUUUCUUGUAACAAAUAGGGAGAUAGAAGGUCCAGACCUACGUUUCCCUCAAAUAAACUGAAGUGUACUGCAAAAUUUGAGUCCAUUAUUCAAACUCUACCCAUUAAUAUCGGCUUUAGUGCUCAGAAGCCAAACCUCGAAUAGUUUUAAUUUUUAUUGUUUUUAAAAUAUACUCAUAAAAGCCGGGACUUGGACGACACCAGCACUCAAGUACUUCAGAAUUCGGAAGCCUUUCGAAACUCAUGUGGAUCUAAAAGAGAGCGUAUUUAAGAUACUUCUGCGUAAGAAUGCAUUUGAUUGAACAGAAUUAUUUGCUAUCUCUAGAGACUUCGAAAUCCUGUUCAGUUGGGGAGGAAUGCUGGAAGAAUUUGGAAGCUCUGCAGAUAUACACACCUAGAAAACACUUAUGCUGGAAGGAAACAAAACUAAAAAACUCAAGAUCCUGUCUUAGGUUUUUUUAGUUAUAAAGUUAUUCGUCCACAAAAAUUGACAAAUGGUGCCAUUACAUUCUGCUGAACAUCUCGAAUUGAAAAGGUCGGCUCUUCAAAUGCGAAUGAUCGGAUAUUUGGUCGGAUCUUAUUUCGUAGCCGUGUCUGCAGUAGACAAGGCCCAGCCUAACCUCUAACCUAAACCCCUAGCCCCAACCCCUAACCUCUAACAGGUACGGCUAUGAAAAAGGAUCUUACCUGAUAUUUUUUGCCUGCGCUGAUUCGUCGGUUGACUUUACCAUUUCAUGACAUUGCUUGGGUUCGGCUCCUCAAAGGUUUGCGUCGGGUUAAAGUAGAGGUCAUCUCAUUACAUGUUUGUCCGGUUACGUCAAGUAUAUGAUAAUCCUUAACUAUCGCUGUGCAUGUGUGGAGCACAUUGGACAGGGGUCAUUAUUCAACGUCAGACACCGAGCCUAGACUCGGCGGACCAGCUCGGGCAGUUCAGUGGAGCAUGAAAGAGGGGAAAGAGAGGAUGAUGCCGAGGAAUGCUUCCUCGUUGCCAAUCGGGGCACUCUGCAGACAGACGCCAAUGAUGGCGGUCCUCCUUCGGGCGUUUCUAAGCUCUGCAUGCAGUAUGUGCAUGAAUCCUGUGCAUGACGCAUUAUACGAAGGUUUAACGUCACUUCAGCUGCUCUGCCCAAUCUCAUUCCCAACCGGCUUGAUUCUGUCAACUCAUUGGUCACGAGACGAGGGCGUUUAAGGUCAAUCCAACCUGACUACAGCACGCGUUUAUGCCAUCAUGACGCGCCAAUGUACCUGGCUGUGGAGUUGGCCAGCUGACGAGAUAACUCGCCUUUACCCGGAACAAAGGUCGAGCGGCAAAUGCCCUGACAUAAUGCAGUUCUGCUGGAAUUUCUCUUCAUGUGAGAUCGGAGACUAUCUCACUGAAGCCUGGUAGCAGGUUGAUUUUGGCAUGCGCAGACGGGCCGUUUAGCUUUCUCAGCCACUACAUCCAUGUCACACCUCGUCAUCUUGACCUUCUUUCGUCAUCGGGACGCGAUAAAAGGGGUAACACAGUAAAUUAAAUGCGGAAAAAGUUUACUGUACUACAAACUACUUCUCUUCUACCGAAGUAGCCAACGUUUGUGUACGGUUCAGGUUCCCCUGUUCGUAGUCUCGCGUUUGACUAGAUUGCCUUAUAAUAUUUCCACCACUGAGCCGCUCCGGAAUGGCCACACAACUGUUGGGAGAGGUUGCCUCCAACGGCUUGGAAUGCAUACUAUCUGUCUUCGGAAGUAUUUUUGUUUGUUUGGGACUAUGGUUUCGGUAGCCACUGUUACAUUGUCCCGGAGAUUCAAAUGUGAGCACACUUUCAUCGUCUGAGGCGAUUUUUACCCGCGAAUCACGGUAGUUAAGGAAUGUUGUCCCGAUCCCCGGGGCCUAGCGUGUGGGUGUCGACGGUCAUUGCCGACGUUUUCAUCAAUUCCGGUUGUCACCGCUGCGUCGCUAAUCUUGUUUGCAUCCUUCUUUUGUUCUUACGCUGGUCUGCAUUUUCGUGUUAGUUUACUUGUGCCUGGGUUGAUGUAUGACCUGAGUUCCCAUCUAAUAUUCCGUCUGUCGAGCUGCAUUGGGAAAGCAACAUAACUGUUGAUGAAAAUUAUCCAGAUGUUCCAGGCCUCGAUUGUUUCCAUGAGUACCCAGUCCUUCCCUCGACUCAUGGUUUUCAGUUCUCUGAAAGGCCAAAGUGUGUCAAUAGUUUACGGACGGACGAAAGAAACAACGACGAGGUCGCCAUUGUCCAACCUACUUGCUGGGGCAGUAUUGCAACAAAUAGAAGCCCUAUCGGUCAACUCAUCAGCUGAAGUCAGUUUUUCUGCGCAUACCGUUCCCAUGGAAGAAGAACACGAUGCAACAGCUGUCCUUAGACACGCUUGUAAACAGAAGAGAAUGAGGCAUUUGAGGCAACACCGUACAAAUAGGCAGCAAAUAACACGUGCAUUCGAAUUUUCUAGAGGAACCACCAUCUUCUGCACAAUUCGAUCUGUUUAAGAGUGUUCGACUACCGUGUAGAAAAAAGCCCUACUGAGACAAACAAUAAGCCUUCGCAAUUUCGAUUUCUGUAGUGUCAAACCCCGGUGCCUUUGGCAAUGAAUGUGCAUGGGUUGUGCGCCACCUCCAGUAUGAUAAGCUACUACCGAAUAAGGUUCCUUUUCUCGUCGCUUUACCCCGUUUGUUUGAAAAUCAAUACCACCGUGGCCACGAGGUCAACUGAAGUAUCGUCAAUGGUGUUAAAUUAAGCUUCAGGAAUUAGCAGUUUUAAUUAUGUGAGCGCCAUUUGUUUGGUUGACAGAUUAUGGACUAAGAUUUCGUUCUCUCUGACCUCAGUGACUCAGUCCAACUUCGGUCAGAGUAGCUGGAGAGCUUGAGCGGACGCCUUCUGCUAGCACAAGGUUGGGCUGUACAAUGGUUGCUUGCCAACUCCCGCUGUUCGGGCGAGACGUACACUACUGUACUGACCUGCUGAUUAAGAAGCGAAUACUACGUUUGCCAUCUUUUAUUUUUGUGUUUCAUAGCUUACGUUCCUACUCAGCGACUCUCUCUCACAGUUCACUAGCACACCUCCUAAUCAUCUGCAGAGCAGCGCAGUUCCGCAUUCGCCGAUAAACUCAGAAGACUUGGCGACUUUUUGGCAAACAAAUUCGUUAUAUUUGCACACUCAAAAGGGACAGUCUUUGAAGAAUGUCUGAAUCGUUCACCCGCCGUGUCGCGCCACCCACUAUUUCAUCUGAUUUGUGUUCACGACCAAUAGACGGGCUUUUCAGAACCACGCGGUCUUAAAGGCACCUGUAUAUAAAUUAACUUUGUGUGAAUGUUGCAAACAUCCAAAAGGCACAGGCUUCCAGUCGUACCCUCUCAGGCGCUUAGCACCCGAAAAUAUAGCAAAUAGAAGCAAAAUUCCGCGUCCCCUGUCAUAAAUGAAAAGAAGGACGUUCCUGGGGACACUGGUUGUAUGUCCUGACGUUUCAAGAGUAAAGUUUUCAUUUUCAAAGGUGAAAGUUACAUUUCACCCCAGUAAUUGUAGGGAGAGGAGUCAAAAUAGAGAGCGGUAAGUAACAGAAGGUGAAGGAUGUCAUCAAUCCAGUUUUUAUAUAUACUUGAAAUCAUGAUUUUUCUAGACAGAAUUACCUUCGAUGAGCGGGAAGGCUCUCGAUGGGAGGCAUGUUGUGCUUUAAGAGUUAUUCCAGAAUUAUGUGUGUUUAUUAGUUUUUUACUCCAUUUCAGCAAUUUUUUCCCAGCCAACAGCGUGGUAAAGGACAUCAGUCGAUGUUCCACGAAUCUUGAUGUUUUAUAUACAUCAGAAAACGGGGACACUGCUGUCUUAGUCAGUUAAACCUCAUCUGAAUUAAAACAAAACCUUUAAAAAGCGUGCGGGCACCUCUAAAUGCACGCAUGACUUGGAGAUGCAUAAGUUGGGACUGCUUUACCAUCUUCCAUUUUCAUUGUCUUCUUUGUUUAUGUCAAGACUUGGUUCAUCCUCAGAGUUAAAGUUGUGUCAGAGGACGCACCUUGGCUUUCAUAUGAUAAAUCUCUUUGUGAUUAUUUCCUAGGAGCUGCAGGUCACUCUGGAAGGGGCGACUACAUGUCUUGCAUUAAGUCAAGUUAUCGAUACUACGCCACCGAUGGGGCAAUUUUUGUCACUUCGGCAGGGAGUUCUUCCAGUGCCUCUGCAAACACGGUGUUAGAAAAUGAAACUUAUGGCGGUAAUGCGAUUCCCACUGCUGACAACGAAACUGAAUAUAUCGAUGAUUUGCCUCUCCCACCAGAAGGUCCGGCGGGGCCGGUCACCUCCGGUAUCUUCAACUGUUCAGAGAGCUGUUCUCGAGCUUGGUCUGCGACUCCGAUCCCAGAGACAAACACAAAACUAGUAGUCGUAGAUCCAGUCUGUCCCUGUGCUCCGAAUGACAUGGAUUGGCAGCUGAGUCCAUCCCUUGGUGAGUUAACGCACUACUUUCGUCUCCCAAUUUUUCUUUGGUGGCCACUCGCGUCUUGGACAGACUAGUUUGUUGCACUGUGUUUAUUUUCCAUAAUUUCCUUUAUUUUCAGCCAAGGACAUUACUGUAUGUGAAGACAUGCAGAAUCCAAGGUAUCGGAGACCUGUCCAAACGUGCACACCCUCCUAG